CUGAGGAAUGAUGUCAUUGUAAGAAAGCAGGGAACUCUCAUUGCAUGCAUUGUGCUAUGUGCAGGGACCACUGCUGGGGGGCUGCCUUUCAACCCACACCAAGGAACCCCUGCCCCCCUCCAAUGCCCUGCUGGCAUCCCUGAACAACACCCAUUCCUUUGUAUGUUGGGAUACAUCCCACCCAAGGUGAGUGACAGAUUGUCUGCAUGCAUGAUGCCAACUCCAAUGGCUUUUCUUCUCUAUUCUGAAAUGAUCUAAAUGUCACAGCAGGGGCAAGACAAGCUUUAAACUCCCAGCUGUUGGAGGACUACAACUCCCAUCAUGUGCUGGCAACCUCAAGGCUUGCACAUGAUGGGUCCUGCAAAAAGCUGGAGUCCUACCCUAUGUGUUGUGUGUUGCAGUGAGAUACCUGGCUGUCUUUAUACAAAUACUGACACAAUGUAUCUUUAUGUCUUUAUUCUGCAUUUUUAGGGUGUGUAGUGGUUUUUUCUUUCUUUCAUUAUUUCGUUUUUGAUUCUUCCUCUCUCCCUCUGUCUGCCUUUGGCUGAAGAAUGCAUUUUGUGAGCAGAAUGAAACUGGAGUUGACUGCAGAAUUCACUCCAGGCAUCUGGAAUAGUGGAGAAACACAACAUCUGGAUGUCUUUAGGCUCCAGCUAUAGGGCCAGACAAACUCUAGGAUACAGCCCACACCCCCAGCUCAUAGGGAGCAAUCACCUUGCUCAGCAUAAUGGGAGUGCACAGCAGUUUAAUUUUCAACCCCUUUGAUUUUAAUUUAUUUUAGACUAUUGACCCCAGAUUAAAUCUACUGAAAGGAUUUUCUGUGUGCCAAAAUAAUAUUGUUUUUCAAAAAAUACAUUUUUCCAGAUCAGAUCAGUUAUAUUUCUGAUCACGCCUUGGAUACAAAUAUGGAUUUAACUUCUUUGUAAUUGAUUUUCAAUAACAGUGAAAUGUAUAUUCCCUAGUGUCCCUUACCCUGCCUUUAAAGCAAUAUGAUGUUGGAUUUGAAAGAAAUCUCAUCAGGAUCAGCAGAGAAGCUGACCCUGAUGGCUGAUGUUUUUGUACAAAUACUAUUGCUUUGUUAUCUUGUUGUAUACCAUUGGAGAUGUUGUAAAAUAUGUAUUUGCUAAUAUAUGUAUAUGCUAAUGUGUUAUUGCUUUUUUAAAAGGGCUUGCGUGGCUGGAUGCCACUGAGUUUCCAGCAUAUUUAAUGUAAAGUUGGGUCUUAGAUUGUGUUGUUUUGAUGCUGAAGUGUGGGCUGUGCGUAUCACAAUGGGAGUGAGUCAUGAAGCACUUGGCAUAUUCACACAUAAUAUUUAUUUAUUUAUAAAAUAUUUUACCAGGAAAGAUACAUUGAGAUUUCUCUCGUUUUCAAGUAUGUCCUGGGUUUUUCAAGUAUGUGUAUACUUGUGUAUAAUAUAUACAAUGUUCUCAGUCUGAAUGUUCUAUGAUAUGAGAUGCUAAGGUGUAUUCAAAUGCUGGUCCCCCGACUACUAGCAAAUUUAAUCUCUCAUAAUCGGUACCUGGUUUUGGGCUAUUAGAUCUAAGCUUUAACACACAGGUUAUUCACUAAAAUGAGAAUUCAAAGUUCAUUUCAAAUUCAAAGCCAGAGUAGCCAAACUGAAAGCAUAGCUGAGUGAAUUCUUCCAGAUGGUCUAGUUACGCGCUAAGUUUGAAUUUUACUUUGAACUCACUUUGAUUUGUCACUGUAGUGAAUAAACCGAGUAGAGAAAGUAUCUGCAUUUCAAAUGGGCACAAAAUAGAGUCAUGUGUCUUUAGGGCAUAUACCCCUUCACCUCAUUGUGGUAAGAACUGUGCAACGGAAUUCCAGGAAUCUUGAUAAAUCAAAAAUCUGGUGACAAAAUAACACAGAUUGGAGUUUUUCACUAAAAUGGAAAAUGUAGUGAAUGGUUACUUUUUGCCCCAAAUUUUUCGACUGGAAGCAUUCUUCAAUUUAGCUUUUUUUCCAGCUUGUCUGUUUUGACUUUAAAGGGAAACUAUAGUGCCAGGAAAACUCCUGGCAUUACAGCUUACAGCAUUACAGCAUUACAGCUUCCCCCAUUAUUCAGAGCUUUCCGUUGACGCUGGAAGUCCAGCGUCGUUUAGGCCACCAGAAGUCGCAUAUCCACCCAGAAGUCCCACUAGUGGCUGUCUGUUAGGCAGCCACUAGAGGAGGAGUUAACCCUAGGAGGUAAUUACAUGCUCAAGGUUAAGGGUGAUGGGAGUUGGCACCCAGACCGCUUUAAUGAGCUGUAGUGGUCUGGGUGCCUACUGUGUCCAUUUAAAUAUUGCAAUUCCCACGUCAGUCCGCCUUAUAAAGAGCCUAAAAGGUUUAGGCAGUCGGACACUUGUCAGUUUGCCAUUUUGGAUACAUUGGGAUGGGUAUAUUUGAAUAAGUCCCCAAAGUGAUAAUCUCACUGAUAUCACCUACCAAGUGGACAUGUUUAGGAAAUAAAACCCCUAUUCAGAGCUGACUGAUGUUUGUUGAGUUUAUGGACCAAACAUUGUCAUUUAGAAGCCAAGCUUUUUUUUCAGUGGAAGAAGAGAGGUGAAUACAUUUCAAUAUAAAAUAUGAAAACCUGCUAGAUUCCAUCAUUCAUGUUUUUAAGAGUCACAUCCCUGUGUUUCCAGGUAUUUGCAAGGCCCUGCAACCUGGGUAAGUAUGAAGCUGCAAUUAGGAAGAAAUGAUUUGUACAUUUUAGUCUGUAAUUAGAGAUCUCAUGUGAUGCUAAAAACUGGUGUGUUCUUCAAGUCAGUAUUUUUUUUUUAAUCGAUAUGUAUCAGCAUACGUUUUGCAGUUCCCUUAUUGUGUGGUCAUAGCUCACUGUUUAGUGAUUACUAUAUCCUCUAAUAUAUCCUUGAAUUUCACACCUGCCGAGAAAAAUUCAACUAUUAUUAUUUUAUUAUUUAUAUAGCGCCAUCAAAUUCCGUAGCGCUGCACAAUGGGGUAAACCAUAAAUUAUGGUAAAUUGACAAGCAAAUGGCAGAUUUAGGCAAUAAAACUGACAAGCUGGAAAGGUUGCCGAUUUGGAGAAUUGUUCCAUUUUGGCUAUUAUAUCCUUAAAUGAGCAAUUCUCAACUAUUUCUGAUUAAAUGACCAAACCCCCCGCACAAUAUGUUAAAUACAAUGGACGCACAUACUGUUCAUUUACAUUCAUACUUUCUACAGUCUUUUAUGGCACAAAUGUUUGUUUCCAUAGUAGAUUGUUAAUCGCUGACAUGUUAAUAGCACGCUUUUCUAUUUUUAAAAAAAAAAAACAUUUUUUAUUUGCACAGUUUUUUAUAGAGACUCUCUACAUAUUGCUUUGGAUUUAGAUUGAAUCCUAAUAUAUUAGGUUUUCGUGAUAAGUAGUAUUUUAACGGGUCAUUUAUUAAAAAUAUUGACUGCAAUUUUACUAGUGCGGUGGGAUAGUCUGGGAUAAACUUGCCUAUUCAUUUACAUGGCUUUAAAGCAAUUUCUUAAACGGCUCACAUAAUCUGCAACCAAUUAACCCCUGUGUGGGUAGAAGUCUUUUGUAGGAUAAUCUUAGAAUGUUUGGACAUAUGGCAGUGGCUGGGGGAUGGAUUUAAAACUGCUCAUGGCCCCUCUGUUAUGGUGUAAAAUUUCAUUUCACCUAGAAAACAACCUUGCUAAAUCUAAAUACACUGCUUGGGUUGUUAUGGGUGGCUACAGUGUGAAUUAUCAGGACUCUAACAUAAAUUAUAGGUUUUAGGCUCCAAUAGCCAAACUUGAAAAAUUCUCCACGCUACCAAUGUUCUCAGUUCAACUAGUUUGGUCUAAUAUUCUAAAUUCAUGUUGAAUUAACUUAGAAUUCUUGACAAUAGAGAUUAAUAGAUUUGUUCAGAAAAAAACAUUCAGCUGCAUUGAGCGAAUCAAAUGCCUUGUAAUCAUUGGAUGAACGAAUCAACGCAUUCAGCAAAUCCCGAAUGAAUCGCUUUGUUCAUCCAAUAAGAGGCAUUUGAUUUGCUGAAAGGGAUUUGCGCAAUAGUCCAGCGAAUAACAUUUUUUUACUAGUUUUUUUUAGCAGCGGAUUACUUUUUUGUGAAUAGUUUACCUAAUCAAUUUAUAUAGCCAAAACAAGUGAUUUAUAUUUAACCCCUUAAGGACACAUGACAUGUGUGACAUGUCAUGAUUCCCUUUUAUUCCAGAAGUUUGGUCCUUAAGGGGUUAAAUCUCUCUCUCUUUUUUUUUUAAAAUCUGCUCAGUAGUAUUAUAUAGUUAUUCUGAAAAUAACAGAAAGGCGGCACACUAAAAGACCUUGCUCAUAAAUGACAUUGUUAAAUUGAUUAUAGCAAUUCAUCAGAGCAACUAAAUAGCCUAUUGAUCAGGGAAGAGUCACAUCACAUGCAGUGCUGUUUAAACUUGCUUUCUGCAUUGAAAACACAGUGGCAUUUUUCUUUGCUACUUGCGUGUGUGGAGAGUAUAUAUUUCUUGCUAAGACAUGUACAGUGUAGGAUUUGCUUUAGGGCGGCAUUCUAAUGUCCAGUAGCAAUAUAUACAAAAACUAUACAUUCUAUGCAUGGAAUGUAGCUUUUAUAAAUACAUGCGAAAACCUCCCAAUCUUUCAUAGUUGCUAUUCACUUAUUCUAAUUAUCUCAUUUUCAUUGAACAAGCUAAAAUGGUGUGUAGCUUCCCUAAAGGGACACUAUAGUUACCAUAACCACAGCAGCUUAAUGUAGUGGUUCAGGUGUCUAUAGCAUGUCCCUGCAGUUUUAGCAUUGUAACACUGACUUUUCAUUGCUGCCUAGUAACACCUCUAGUGACAGUCACUAGAGGUGCUUCCUAGUCCAGUGCUGCACAGCACUUACAUUACGCCUCUUCUCACUCUGUAUGGAGGCGCUGAACAUUCCCGAUACAGAUGUACUGAUUCAGUGCUUUCUAUGAGUUGAUGCCGAUUGGCACAGUAGACUGUAAGCUUGUUUGAGCAGGGUCCUCAAGACCUCAACUACCUAUUGUUCCUGUGUCACCGUGUAAUUGUCUCAUUUAUUGUAAAUUCCCUCCCCCCUUUUUCAUAAGAUUGUAAAGCGUUGCGGAAUUAGUUGGCGCUAUAUAAAUACCAAUAAUAAUAAUGCUUUCCUAUGGGAAAGAAUUGGAUUGGCUGAGAUCAUCAAGAUCACAUGUCCAUAGCAUAUUGAAGGCAGAUUCCAACUAAUUCUAAUUUCUCUUUAAACCUCAGAACGCUAAUCAUAACCCCACGUGUUUUAGUUAGAGUAAUCAUUUCUAUUCUGGUCCCCCCCACCCCCAACAUAUAAAUAAAACAAAAAUGUGUCUACGCACAUGCGCCAAGCCAAAUUCUGCUCUCAGCCCAAUCCUCCUCUGCUGACAUCAACUCCUCCACACUGGAGGGGGGAAUGUAGGGGGCGGACAGGCUGAGGAGAGGACAUGGUCAGAUUGGAUUGGUGGUCCGUAUUGCCAUUGAACAUCUGUACCCAGCGUCCAAUAUGCACAGAACUGACUUUAACCAGCCUGAAACUUUUGUACCAAACUGGCUAAUGGCUCUGCCAGAGACGUAGUUACACAUCUAGCAGCAAAGGGGUUAAACUCUGUAGUUGCAGCUGGAAUAGUCAUGGUACUUAGAGUAAUCCUUAAAACACCCUUUAAGCACCUCUAACACUUAUUACCCCUAACACUGCAGACCUUUCCUAAUGCUAAAAUACCCCCAAGCCUAACCAAUCAAUAAUGAUAGAUCAAAAAUAUUAGGGUAUUAGUCUGGUGAAUCUUGUCAUUCACCUUUUUACAGUAAGUAUAUCGGAAAACAAGCUUUCUGGAAAUGUUCUCCUUAUAAAGUCUAAAGCAUUAGAUAUCGAAAUGUGUCUUGUUACCAGUACGGCUGUUUAAUAAGGUGGUGUAUUUUAUUUUUUUUAACAUGUAAUGCGAAACGAGAUCCAGCCAACAUAGAGAAUAGGUGUAUAAAAGAUAAUUGUGAAGAAAAAAAAAAUAACUUUACAGAGCACUUUCUAAGACAGAAUAAUUGACAAUGUAAUUAGUCAUGAUUAAACUCGUUUUCUCUUUUUUCUUGUGUGUGAGAAAUUUUUAACUGUGUCCAAUAUUUUUUAUAGCAAUAGAGAUUCUCGGGCCUCGUGUCGUGUGGGAAUGAGCAUAUACAGGCAUUACCCGUUUAACACUGUGUUAUUGCUUGCAAUGCUAAAACCUGUCUUUUAUCUGCUAAAUUGCAUUGAGACAGAAGAGGAGGAGGUCACCUUGUUGUUUGCUAUUGUUAAAUGACCGUAGCCUGCUGACUAAUCUCUUAAAAUAUAGGAUAAUUGCUAGGUUUCUUUAGAUUAUGUUAUGGUAUGAGAGAUACAACAAUAUUUUGUGUAUAUAUCUAUCAUAGUAUUGUAUCUCGAGAAUGGUUUCAAUAAAUUCCUUCUCUUUAAAAGGAGAGUCUUCAUUAACCACAUUUACAGACAUUUGGGCUAUUAAGCCUACCAGUUUUUUUAAUAUUAUAUUUACUUAUCCCCUAUAUUUAACAAAUAUGUGUUUGUGAGGUCUGAAAAAUACAAUUAACUAUAGAAAUCAACACUGGUGUAUUUCCAGCAAAGCUGUAACUGGGGGCCGCCAUUUUGGCUCCCUGUGAAUCAUUCGUUAUAAAUGUUGCUCUUUUCUGGAAUUGAACAUUAUCAGUGGAAGAGCUUAAACAGAAACAAUGUUUCCGUUUUCCUCUUAUUGUGCAUUACCUGCCUUGGCUGUGCCAGGACUGAACUGGAUUUUCUUUUGCUAAAUCUUUUAAUAUACCUUAUUUUUUUUUUUAAAACGGAGCAAUACGGAAAUAAAGGUUAACAAAAGUCACAGGUUAUUUUCAGUACUUUGUUCAAUAGUUUAAUCCAUGGAAGUGACAAUCUUGCUUUAAUAUGUCUGUAGCUUUGUAAGUAGCUUUUUUCUUUAAUAGUUUGGCCUUUUUGCAUAUUAGCACGCAGGAAGCUUCCUUUCCUUUGCGCAAAUAGUUUUUACUCUUAAACAUUUGGUCUUCAGUUGUGUACUAAAUAACCCCUCACACCUGAUUUUUUGGCAAGUCGGGACAGACAUUUGCUCUGUGGGUAUCAAAAUAUCAGCCAGUGUUUGGCAGUUAUGUUUAUGUGGGUUUGGUGCCAGAAUUAUCUUUUUAGGAGCCGAACUGUAUUUUGAGAGACAUACAAGAGGCAGGUCAAUUGAAUUCCAAGUAAAACAUUCUCAAAGUUGUGAACUCGCAGAAAUAAAUGUCCAGUCUUCUGGCUUGGCUCAGAUACUGCAAGUCUGAAAGCUCAUUGCAUAAACUUCAAGUCAUAUAUCUCUUCUAUGGGUGGGGGAGCACAUAAUUCUGCUUAUUACCUGUCUAUCUUCUGUUCAACUGGACCACUUCAAAUUAUUACUAAGUUAUUUCCACUUUUGUCAAAGGAAAAAGGUAGGUAGGCGUAUGUCCUAACCUAAUCUACUACACUGCUUUUAAGUAUAGAGUUACUCCAAUGCCCAAAGUACUCUGACCCCAUUGUCCGAUAAUGGAGUAAACCUGUUUACAAUGGUUUUCCCUCCUACUUGGGCUCUUGCUGUCAUUUUGGUCUCCUCUCUGGCUAUUGACGGAAUCUGGCUUCUGCAGAGCUGCAGUAGCCGAAGGUCAAUCCCAUAGGCUGAGAGUAUCAGCUGACCGUCCUCAGCCAAUGAAUGCAAUUCUGUGCAUAGUAGGAAUAUGCAAAGAAUUGACCUUCGUCAGCCCAGAACUCUAAUUCCAGACUGGCCAAUGGUUUCCAAUGAUGCUCUUGGAGUUGGACUGACAUGUCUGGCUGCAGAGAGGUUAAACUCUGUAUAUACAGUGUUUCAUAGCAAAAAUCUGUACAUAUAGACUCCAGGCACCAUGACCACUUCAAAUCUCUGAAGUGGUCAUUUGUUUGGAGUAACCCUUUAAAGGUUUAUUAAACGUUUGUAAGAUCUUCUAGAAAAAUGAUGAACAAUUUUAAUGUUUUAAUAAUGCGGGAUAUAUUACAUCUACACAGUUUGGUUCAAUCAAAUAUACAUAUUAAAUACUUUAAUAUAUAUAGCUCUAAUUCAGUUCAUAUCUAUAGGAUCGGUUAGGGCUUUUUGUAUAAUGGUGCGUGUAACAUGAUUCAGUGAUUGGUUUGUUAAUUCAGGCUUUUUUUAAUUAACUUUCAUGAUCAAAUAACAUUUUGUUAUGGGUUGGUAUCAAUUCCAGAUGUUUGUCCUGUAACACUGCGAUCUGAAAAAAAGUGUUUCCUAGAACCAUUUAUGGUUAUAGUUAAAAAUUCUUAUUAAUUGUAAGACCAGACGAUUCAUUAUUUUUCAAAAUUACUGAUUCUAUUUCCACUUUUUUCAAUUUAAACAUAUAUCUGCACAUGGGUGUUCUGGUGUGCGCAUGAGUCAAGUACAGGCAUUGGAACACAAGAGCACUGGGUCUAAUGUAGGUGAGGUAUCGACAGGCUUAAAGGACCACUAUAGGCACCCAGACCACUUUAGCUCAAUGAAGUGGUCUGGGUGCCAGGUCCCUCUAGUUUUAACCCUGCAGCUGAAAACAUAGCAGUUUCAGAGAAACUGCUAUGUUUACACUGAGUGUUAAUUCAGCCUUUAGUGGUUGUCUCACUGACCGCCACUAGAGGCAGCUUCCGCGAUUCUCACUGUGAAAAUCAUGCGCAUUCGGUGCUGAUGUCGGCAGGAGGAGGAGAGUUCUCCAGCGCCGGGCUCCCUCGUUUUAACCCCUUCAGCACAGCAGGAGGGGGGCCAUGAGGGUGGGGGGGACCUAAGGACUACAUAGUGCCAGGAAAACGAGUUUGUUUUCCUGGCACUAUAGUGGUCCUUUAACUGUGGGUUAAGAUGGAGUAUUAGCAGCCUAAAAUGUAAUAUGCACCUAUUGCUGGCAUCAAAGCAAGUGCUAAGAUGGCUUUUUUAGGAUUCAUCUCAACAGCUGAAGUAACUGGAAUUUCUCCAGAACUACUUGCAAAACUAUAGAUAAAAAUAAAUUAUACGUAGUGUUCCUACUGAUACAUCUGCUAUUCUAAUGUAACAAAACAAAGCAGAAACAGUUUCAUCUAUAUUUAGUUUUAAUGAGAAAUAUGACUCUAUCUAAAUAUUAUUCUAUCUAAAUAUGAAUCUAUCUACAUAAGAAUCUACACCUACUUUCAUAUUAUAGAUACAGAAUAACUGAGCUCUCUUUUAGCGUGUUUCUAUGCGCUCUCUUUUCCUCAUUGGCAUCUAUAAGCAGUCUCGUAUAGAUUUAUAUUACUAGAGGAAGGGAUCUCAUGGGCACCUGCAUUUUAUUAAAGCAAUAAAUUUGGGCACGAGGAUAUGGAUACACUUUGUGUGGUAUGGUAACACUGCACAUAUCUCUCCACUAGCGAUUUGUAAAAGCCUGACUCGAAGUAACGUAUCAAUAAUUCUAAACAGGGUUUCUUUGUUUCUUUUUUGUUUGAUUUUGUUCUGUUAGUUUGACGGUUAAACCCCGAACAGUACUAGUGCUGUCCUUCUGGCAAAAGGCCUUUUAUUCGUUUCCUUAGAUUGCUAUUUUAAUGUGCCUAGCUUCUCGGCACAGGAAAAACAAAUACAAAGAUGGCUGGCAAACACCAAGUAAUUAUACAUAUUUUAAUCCAUGUAUCUGCUCUUGAAGGUACCUGUUAUGUUUAUACCUCCCUGAAGCAGAUUUGUCACCUUAUGGUUUUUUUGGGGGGUCCCUUUAAGAAGAUAUCGGUACAAUAUAUUUUCCCUUUAUGUAGAAUAUAAUGACUGGUUUAUGAGUAAUUUUCAUAUUACCUGUGAGGGACGUGAGAAUAGACAUGAAACAGAAGUACAUGUUCUGACAAGAAAUGCGGCUUUCGUUAGGAGAUCCGCAUCUCACUUUCCAAAUAUUAGUUUACACAUAUAUCAAGACAUUUCACAGUUCUUUUUUUAAUAAGUAAUGGCUUCUUAAUAUAUCCCUUGCAGCAUUGUUGGUAUCACAAUACAUUAUAAGUCAUUCAGAAUAUCCCUAUGCAGUAUUGUGCUAAACAUGCCAAAUUAUCUCUUUGUUGGCAAAAAAAUUUUAAGUAAAGAAACUUACUGCUGCCCGACCUCUUUACAUUUUUGAGUUCACCCCAGCAGAUAACUUAAAGGGUCACACUUAACACCAGCACCACAUCAGCUUGCAGGUUAAAAUGCAAGGAAAAUUACCUUGUAGCUCCACCCCAAUCCCCUGUCGAUCAUCCAGUUGGGACCAGUGUUUGACCAGCGUGCUAAUGCCGUUUGCAUAGCACAUUCUACUUGUAGGCGCUAUUAUGCUAAAAGCGGGCAUGCAAGUAAGGGCUACUUGGACUUCACUGUGUAUGUGUGCAACUGUUCAUACACAUCUCAUCAACCCUGCAUCCCAGUCUUUGCUUCUCUAUGAAAUAUAUAGAAUAAGGAACAGUGCACACACAAAAAUAAAAUUUUACAUUUUGCAAGGCUACUUAAAGUCACCUAUCUCAGAAAACAAAUAUGGCGCUCCAUAUUGUGCUAAGCCCACCACUACAUCAGAGUACCCCAAUAUUGGUGGAUCCUACACUAAUUUUAACAUAGGAGACAAACAACUACAUAAAUGGUGACAUUGCUAAAUGAGUAAAAAUAAAAGUAUAUUAAAUUCGUCCAUUGUCAGUGCAUUGUUAGUGUAUAUCACCAAAAAUGUGAGCAAAACUAUUUAAGGUAUAAAGUGCCAUAAAUAAUUAAAGUGACAGUGCUUUUAAUCAUAUAUUAACAAUGCAUUGUGAUAAAUCUUCUCUUUUAAAAAAAUAAAAUAUUGUUAGUGAUAUUGCUAUCCAAAACCUUCUCAAAUUUAUACUUUCCUGGGGUCAACUCCAAAGGUGGGCUUAACACGAUAUGGACAUACGGUGGAACUGAAUCCCCAUAUUUGUUUGCAUAGAUAGGUGAUUUUUUAAGUACCCAGAGAGGUUUCCUCUGUCCAAAAUAGACCUCCUCUGUUUCUUCCCCGUUUGCGUAUUCCGUCAUUCCGUUCCAACGUCAUCGCGCUCCUAUGUGUUAUGUUCAUCAGGUGAAUAUCCUUAUGACUUUAAAGAGUCUUUAAAUUUACACAGCAAUAAAAAGAAAAUUUUAAAUAUACAGGAAACGCAUAUCUAGAGCACAGAUAAACUGUAGGGGUCAAUUUAUUAGUUGGUGUAAAAAAAUGCAAGCUUUUCCUUGCGCUUCCAAUUAAUUAGCUCCAUACAGUUUGUCGAAGUGUUAAUUCUGCAUUAUCAGUAUUUGAAUUAACACUUCCCCAGGACAUAUUUGAAAAUAAGAUAAGUGCAGCCUUCCUAGUAAUCUAUUUUAUACAUCAAAGUUUUUGAUCCCCUGCUGAUUUUGAACGUUUGUCCACUGACAAAGAAAUGAUCAGUCUAAAAUUUUAAUGGUAGGUGUAUUUUAGGAGUGAGAGACAGAAUAACAAAAAAAAAUAAAUAACAAAUUUCAGAAAAACGCAUUUCAAAAAACUUGUAAAUUAGUUUGCAUGUCAAUGAGUGAAAUAAGUAUUUGACCCCUUCGACUUAGUACUUGGUGGAAAAACCCUUGUUGGCAAUCACAGGGGUCAGGCAUUUCUUGCAGUUGGCCACCAGGUUUACACACAUCUCAGGAGGGAUUUUGUCCCACUCCUCUUUGCAGAUCCUCUCCAAAGAUGUUAUGGUACAUUGCCUCGUCCAUCGUCCCUUUGAUGCGGCACAGUUGUCCUGUCCCCUUAGCAAAAAACCACCCCCAAAGCAUAAUGUUUCCACAUCCAUGUUUGACAGUGAGGAUGGUGUUCUUAUGGUCAUAGGCAGCAUUCCUCCUCCUCCAAACAUGGUGAGAUGAGUUGAUGCCAAAGAGUUCAAUUUUGGUCUCAUCUGACCACACCAUUUUCACCCAGUUCUCCUCUGAAUCAUUCAGAUGUUCAUUGGCAAACUUCAGACGGGCCUGUACAGGGGGACCUUGAGGGCGCUGAAGGAUUUCAUUCGCUCACGGCAUAGUGUGUUACUGAUUGUUUUCUUGGUGACUAUGGUCCCAGCUGCCUUGAGAUCAUUAACAAGAUCCUCCUGUGUAGUUCUGGGCUGAUUCCUUACCUUAAUGAUCAUUGAAACUCCAUGAGGUGAUAUCUUGCAUUUAGCACCAGACCGAGGAAGACUGACCGUUAUUGUGUUUUUUCCAUUUGCGAAUUAUCGCACCAACUCACCAAGCUGCUUGGCGAUGGCCUUGUAGCCCAUUCCAGCCUUGUGUAGGUCUACAAUCUUGUCCCUGACAUCCUUGGACAGCUCUUUGGUCUUGGCCAUGGUGGAGAGUUUGGAAUCUGAUUGAUUGCUUCUGUGGACAGGUGUCUUUUAUACAAGUAACGAGCUGAGAUUAGGAGCGUUCCCUUUAAGAGAGUGCUUCUUAUCUCAGCUCGUUACCUAUAUAAAAGACACCUGGGAGACAGAAAUCUUGCUGAUUGAUAGGGGAUCAAAUACUUAUUUUACUAAUUGACAUGCAAAUCAAUUUUUAACUUUUUUGACAUGCAUUUUCCUGGAUUAUUUUUUUUUUGUUAUUGUGUCUCUCACUGUUAAAAUACACCUACCAUUAAAAUUAUAGACUGAUCAUUUCUUUGUCAGUGGGCAAACGUUCAAAAUAAGCAGGGGAUUAAAUACUUUUCCCCCUCACUGUAAAUAAAUAAAUGUCAAACCAUUCCUAAAAGAUUUGACAUUAAACCAGAAAAUGGUCCUACAACAGCUGGUGGAUCUGUCUUUGCCCUCUCCUGUUCUAUACCGGAGAUCUGUAUUAUAAUGUGGCCUGCGCACCACAAUCUCUGCCUAUAGGUUUUCAUAUUCUUAUUUCUAGUGUACUCUGUAGCAGGGUGAGAGGAUCAAGUACAAAGUUUAGACAGCCGUAACGUUCUGAAAGACAAACACAGAACACAGGAUAAACAUUGUGCAUUGCACUCCUCGGGGUAAUACUUGUAACAAAGCUUUGACACUUUUUUGUUCUCUGCUGAGAUGCAAUUUGGUGUAUGCCCUUCAGGCAGCGGGUUCGGAAUGGCAUAUAAGUACAAGCAUUGUGUAUGAGAUGCCUUUUCCUGUCUCUGCUGAUAAACAGAGCGCUGUGUUAGGUUUCCUGCAUUGUUUAAUUCCUGCUUGUGAUUUUUUGUUGGUUUCCUUCCUAUUUGUGGAAGGUAGAAGUCAGAGACCUUGUCUACCAUAUUCCUGUCCCAUCCAACAUCCUCUAGAUUCUCUCUAACUUAGUGGUAAUAUUUACUAAGAUACCUUCCAGGUCCAAGGAUUUCACCAAAAAGGAUUGGAAUGUUGUCAUUAAAUUAGAAAUCGUGGGGAAUUAAAGCGGAACAUCUAUGGAACUGAAAGUUCCUUGUUCUCUCAUUCCAGAAAAUGUAUUCAAAGCAUUAACUGGGGUAAGUAGUGUAGUGAAGGUAAGAAAAGAAUGCACUUACCUCCAUGCCACUUUAAUGUCCAGAGUGAUAUCACCUCCUAAUGAUGCCUCGGGUGCACUAGUGCAUGCUCUAUAUUAAAUAAAAUAGAAUGAGAUUUUGUGGAAUGCAUUAACAUAGCAACACUUUAAGGUUAAAUGAAGCAGGAAAUUUAAUAUUGGUUAUAUCAUUUAUGGCUCGAUUGUAGAUCCAGAGCUUUAAUAAAUGCUAUUUCAAUCUUUAUCACUCUGUGGAAUAUUAAUGCAGUGUUAACCGUGAAAAGUUAAAGCUCUUUCACUCCCUUAUUGUAGAAAUGGUAUGACCCAUUGAAACUUCCUUUGCUGUUUGAAAGGGGAAAUAGAGUUGAUAUUUUCAGCACAUUUGCAGACAUUAAAUAAUUGGGAUAGGUUCCUUCUGCAAAGUAAAUGAAUAUAAAACAUGUAUACAUGAUUUAGAGAGUGAAGGGGUUAUUGUGUUCCAAAUGUAACUGGAAAACCAGUUACCCAGUAUAUCUGUUUUGGUCUGUGAACUCACAUCAGUUGCUUUUUAAAUAAAUGGUAUACAUUUUUUAUCAGAACGCAGUGUAAAACAAAAUAUAUUUUUGUCACAUACAAAAGCUGUGAGUUCUUUCAUGUGCACCUAUGAGAUUUUUGACAGUAGCUUUUAUAAAUACAUUGAGGGGAUGAAAGGAAGUUCUACAUUAAGUGCUUUAUUUUGAAGUGUUGAUUAAUACGGUUCUUGUGUACUGUAAGAAAAAAUGUAGAAUUAUAGUUUUGACACGUUGACAAGUUAAAGCAUGACAUUGUAAGUGCAGACACACUUUCAAACAUUCAGUAGCAAAUCUUCAGUAAUGUCUACUACAGUCACACAGUUUGUACUCGGUUUUUAAAAAGGAUCCGAGCAAAAGCAAAACAAAAAAUAUACUUAUUAUAUUGAAUUAUUUAAAAAGAUGCACAAAAAGACUUCAAAUGACAAAUAAAAAGGGUGAAAAGGAGAUACAGUCACUUAAAAAUGAAUGCAUAAUGCUUAAUAUACCGCAAAUCAACGUGUGCUGAUAUACUAGAUUUUACCCUUAAUUUAUACAAGCAUGAAGUAAGAACUUUUAUUUGCGUCUUGCAUUGGGCAAGAGUUCUAAUGUGAAUUAGCACAACAUGAUACAUUUAACAAAUUAACAUGGCUUGUUUGUGAGUAAUGGAGUGGGCUGUCUCGGUGUAAUAGAAGUAGACUGUCUCCAAGGGAUAAGAAUUCAUUACUUAUGAUACAUGUGUAUCUUCAUUUGCCAUUGUAGUGAAGGAACAUAUAUUUUUAUUCCAUAUUAAGAUGUCAUUAUGUGUACAUUGUCUGAACUUUACACUGCCUUGUUUGUGUGUGUCUAUAUCUAUCUUUGGUAUAUGAAUAUAUCAUUUAUCAUUUGUGUCAGUUGUUUACUCAUUUUUGCACAACUUUAUUCUUGGGAAAUUCUGUAUUCAGAAGUUGCAUUAUUCAUCUUGCCAACAAAUUCAUGAAUUUAAAAACUAUAGCCUACCAGGAGCCUGCUUGCAGCAUCCCACGUUAAAGGAUUACUCCAAGUACCAUGACCACUUCAGUGAUUUGGAGUUUGUAUGUGUUUCACUUUAUUUCUCAUAUUAAAUUUGUAUAUUGUGGUGAUACAUAUCCUGUUAAAUAAGUGUGCGUCUUUCUGUAUUGUCUAGUUCAGUGUUGCUGUUUUUGGCAGUACAGACUCAACCAGUACAGAUAUGCCUAAAUUAAUUAGUAUGUCCGUGCUGUGCCCUAAUGAUUUUCAAAAUGCUUGUCCUGACCGUGAGAUCAUAGCCAGAGAGGCAGUUUUUAAACCCUGCUUAAUAUCUGAAAACAGGUCAAGACAACAACUUUAGAAACUGUACUGAACUUCUAUCGUUUUUUGGGGGGGAAUUUCUGAUCCCAUGACCAGAUAACCUGAGAUCACAGUAUGUAUAGCUAUUUGCUAUUUUAUCGUUCUUGCUCACAAGAAAAAUUAGCAGUUCUUGCUGGUGAGAAUAAACCCAUAAUUCUGCAGCAGAUAUGUAUUUUAAAGAUAUAAACUUACCUUAAGACUGCCUGGAUGAUGAUUCUUCCAGGUGUAGAUUGUAUGGAGUGCCAGUCAUUGCGGUUAUGUUGCCCUCGAAUGAUGCAAACUUUAGAUGCAUGCUAAGAGUUGGGAAUGCACGCGUGGUGAAUGCUAGCUUUUCUUCUAUGCCAAUUGGCAAAACAGUAAAAUCCAGAAAGUCAAAUACUCCUCUCUGUCUCAUUAGAGAUAUCUUUGCCAGAAGCUUAAGGAAGCCAGGUGAAAGGUUAGUGUAGGACCCACCUGAGAGGUUUGCCUUGGCGUGACAGGUUGGCAUUGCUUCCAAUGGCAGUUGGAGUAAUUAAAUAGCCUCCAUUUGUUUAAAUAUACAUAGGGAUUUGGGAGAGAGUGCAGGUGACUUUUUUCUUUGUUUUUUAGUAUAAUGAUCGCAGCCAAUCCAAUGUUUUCCCCCAGGCAAGUGCCCCUGGGCAUCAAAGCGCCACAUUACACCAAUAAGUUGGACUCUAUGACACCAUCUGAUAGAAAUAGCUAGAGGAAUUUAAAAUCUGCAAAGUAAAUAUUGCUGUUCCUGUAAAAUGGCAAUGUUUUACAUUUCAAGGUUAAAAGGGGCUUGGCACUAAGACCACUUAUAGUCACCAGAACAACUACAGCUUAUUGAAUUUGAUCUGGUGAGUAGAAUCAUUACCUUCUGGCUUUUUGCUGUAAAAACUGUCUUUUCAGAGAAAUUGCAGUGUUUACAUUACGCCCUAGUGUGAAAAGUGUGCAGAACUGCCAUUUAGUGUUUAAACCCUCUGCAUGCAGACACUGAACUUUCCUCAUAGAGAUGCAUUUAUUCAAUGCAUCUCUAUGAGGAGAUGCUGAUUGGCCAGGGCUGUGUUUGGCUUGUGUUGGUUCUGCCCCUGACCUGCCUCCUUCACAGCCUCUGGGAAGCAUUGUAAUUGGCUCAGACCACUACGUCUGAUGUCAGCAGACAGCAGGCAGAACAGAGGCAGAGCAAGCAGAUGCAGACUUGAAGUCAAGUAAGAUUUUACUAUAUUUAGGGAGGUAAGAGGGUGCCAGGGGGGCUAGAUGGUGGUUUUAACACAAUAGGGUCAGGAAUACAUGUAUGUGUUCCUGACCCUAUAGUGUUCCUUUAUGGCAAAGUGGUCUAGGUGCCUAUAGUGUGCCUUUAACAACUAGAUCAGUUUGAGAAGAGAGAUUCUGAUCAAUAUUGCAAAACAAAAUAAUAAAAAGCUCAGAAGGCUCAUGCUCCCAUUCCGAUCUUCUCCUGGUAGAGAAACAGUAUUGUUUUGUGCAGAGAGACUUUACAUAAUGCUACCACAUACCUUGAACCGUGCAGGAACCUGUAAGGCUUAAUAUACAAUUCCUUGUUUGCUAAAACACCAGUAAUUCCCCCCCACCCCUUAAAAUAGCCAUUUAAACAGACAUUUUAUAAUAAUAUUGCAAUACUGUAUAUUACAAAGUUGCCAUUUGACCUUCUACACAGAUUUUAUACUGUAUAUUACAAAGUUGCCAUUUGACCUUCUACACAGUUUUUUCCUGUAUUUUUUAUAACCCUCUCUAAUAUUUGUGAAACAGUUGCAUAUGUAAGAGAAAUAAAAUCUGUAAUUUUAUUACACUGAAAUAAAGCAUACAACAAAAUUGUUGCUUUGUGAUCGUUUUAUUUCAUGUUUCGAAAAAAGCUUCAUGCAUUCUUUUUUAAAGAACUCUGUAGUUAAGGAGUUACAUUUAUUUUUCUCCUUUUUUUGAGACUGAAGAGAGAGUCGUAUGAGGACAAGCUGAAUAGGAAAGGGAGCCUAGUACAUGAAAUAAAAUGAUUUAACAUAAAAUCCACUGACUCAGUACAAAUAGCUCAUUUGUGAUUUUUUUUUUUUAAUUACGGAAAUUGCUGAAGUUGCAUCCGAUAAUUUGUUUUCUUUAUCAUUUCAUCUCUAUCAUAAAUUAUCUGGCUGUUACAUUUGUAGUUUUGCAUGUACUGUAUAACUAUAUUCAGAGGGUUAUUCUCUAAGCCAGCUACACUUUCAGUAUGACUACUCUUUCCUUAAAUUUGAAAAAUAUAACUUUAGUCACUUACCUUAUUCCAGCGCUGAUAUCCCUCGGCGCUGGGUCGACGUUCCACCUCCUUCGACGUCAUCGCACUGCGAGUGAAUUAGGCAUUCCCCAUAGAAAAGCAUUGCUUUAAUGCCUUCCUAUGGAGAUUUUACUGACGCUGGAUGUCCUCAUGCGGAGCGUGAGGACGUCUAGUGGUCAUUUAGGUUACCAAAAGUCAGUUAGCCAAUAGGAAGGGAUCAUCCCUGGUGCUUCCUGGGGCAGUGCUGCACAAUAUGCACGCUCUGUUUGGAGACACUGAACUUUACUCACAGAGAUGCAUUGAUUAUCAUAAGUGAUGAUCUCAGCCAAUCCAAUGCUUUCCCAUAGGAAAGUAUUGGAUUGGCUGAGAUUGUCAAUUCUGAUGAUCUGAGCCAAAGAGGUGGGGUGGGAGUCGGAACCAAACGCUGCCCUGGCCAAUCAGCAUCUCCUCAUAGAGAUGCAUUGAAUCAGUGCAUUUUUAUAAGGAAAGUUUAAUGUGGCUUGCUAGUUUCUUUCAGCAAUGCAGAUGAAGUGUUAAAACUAAAGCCUUUAGUUACACAAAUGACCAAAUGGGAAAAAUUAAAAUUAAUAAGGGAAAGCUGUGUUCUUGCAACAACAAAAAAGGUUAUGUUCUUUUUUAUAAUUAUUCUAAUGAAUAGAAACUAAUGCAGUAUUUUGGCUUUUUUUUCUUUUUAUAGAUACUGUGUUUCUCCUUGUUUAAAGAGCAUGCAGUGAAAUUAUCCCUGGCCGUACAUGCACUAGUAAGUGCAAUUAUGUCCUUGAAAUGAAAGAUAUUUACCUCUAAAUUGGUAUUUCUACGGCAUCUCUGACCUUAUUUAAGUUUGUUUGUCAUGGUGCAGUACUAGCACUGUGAUUUUACAGGUAAAUUCAGGUUAUUUUAGGAAAAUGGGGACAGGGGAGGGAUUUUAAAUUAGAAAAUAACAUUGAAAAAAGAUCUGUGUUGGAUGAUUUAGUGAAUAAAUCGCCUUCUGUUAGGGUCGGACAGGGAUUUGUUUCCUAGCAAUACCAAGGAAAUUUUAAGAGUGCAUAAACCAUUCUGCAAAGGACAGUUUUAUAAAAAUACUCCCGAAAUACUCCUGAAAUACUGCUAUUGGGAGUUGGAGGGCACAGGUGAGGCUGACUAUGCGCAGUGCCUGUGACGCAGUUAAUGUCACUGGAGUAAUGUCUGACACAAAGGGUGCCUGUUUUCCCAGAGCAGAUAAUCUCCAAGAUGACAGGUCGACAGGCAUCUUAGCCAAUAGGGGUUGCCUAUAUUCGGAUCCGUGCUAAAGUGCUUGUGGAUAGGUUUAAAUGCCCCAUAUUGUACUUGUGUUGCGGUUUGCCCAAAUCUUGUAAGGUCUGUAUGCAAUGUGACACUUUAGAAAAUAAUAUAACUUGACACAACUUACAACAGGCCGAAUUAACUCCCGUAUAGUUAAUAGGGUGGUUAUAGGAGACAUAGCAAGGGUGGGUAUAGAGGAUGUAGCGAGGGUGGGUAUAGGAGACAUAGCGAGUGUGGGUAUAGAGGAUGUAGCGAGGGUGGGUAUAGGAGACAUAGCGAGUGUGCGUAUAGAGGAUGUAGCGAGGGUGGGUAUAGGAGACAUAGUGAGUGUGGGUAUAGAGGAUGUAGCGAAGGUGGUUAUAGGAGACAUAGCGAGUGUGGGUAUAGAGGAUGUAGUGAGGGUGGGUAUAGGACACAUAGCAAGUGUGGGUAUAGAGGAUGUAGCGAGGGUGGUUAUAGGAGACAUAGUGAGUGUGGGUAUAGAGGAUGUAGCGAGGGUGGUUAUAGGAGACAUAGCGAGUGUGGGUAUAGAGGAUGUAACGAGGGUGUUUAUAGGAGACAUAGCGAGUGUGGGUAUAGAGGAUGCAGCGAGGGUGGUUAUAGGAGAAAUAGCGAGUGUGGGUAUAGAGGAUGUAGUGAGGGUGGUUAUAGGAGACAUAGCGAGUGUGGGUAUAGAGGAUGUAGUGAGGGUGGUUAUAGGAGACAUAGCGAGUGUGGGUAUAGGAGACAUAGCAAGGGUUGGUAUAGGACACAUAGUGAGUGUGGGUAUAGAGGAUGUAGCGAGGGUGGUUAUAGGAGACAUAGCGAUUGUGGGUAUAGAGGAUGUAGUGAGGGUGGUUAUAGGAGACAUAGCAAGUGUGGGUAUUGGAUAUUUAUCGAGUGUAUGUACAGGAGGUGUCGCAUGUGUUUAGGGAAUGUAGUGUGUGUGUGUGCAUUUAGUGAAUCCAAAAUAUGUAGGGGAUGUAGUGUGUGUGUUUACAGUGUCUGUAGUGUGUGUGUGUGGGGAGGGGGGGGGGGAUAAUUGGGGUUGGAUAGAGGCUGUAUUGUAUGGAAGCAGUUCCAUAUGGUUUUAAUUAUUUCCAGGCUUUUUGCUUUUUUUUUUUUGUUUAUAUCCCCCUCCCUGCGCCUUACCUUACGCCAGGGAGGGGCGCGUGUUAAACAUUGGUAAUCUGGUAGUGAUGGACUCAAGCUUGUUCCUUCACCAAGUACAGACUGAGUAUACUAUUCUCAUAAGCCCCUGCAUUGUGUAGCAUUGGGGCAUUGCCAUGGUAACCUGUGGCAACACUGCGAUUGGCAGGGGUGCUCAUGAGCAAUAUUCUAAGUCUACCCCUGACAGAGGCACAGACUAGAGUCUCCCGAUGUUCGUCCCACCUUAGAAGCCUACUCUGCCCGGCGAGGGAGAUCUUUGAUUUCCCCACUGGACCUGAUCGCGACUUUAUAUAAAUAUAUAUAAAUAGCAAUAUUUGCUAAAUAUGAAUGGGAAGUUUAUUUACCCUACAUUUUGAGGUAAGAAAUCGCGUCUUGCAUUUUGAAAAAACAUUUAUUAAUAUAAAUAUUGCGUUACAAGAACUGGGUAUUGUAGUCUCAAAGAAAUAUAUUAUUAGAAAUAUCUUCAAAGACGUCCUGAGCUGUUUGAUAUAAAGUUUUUUACAUUCUCCUAGCAGCUGGUAAAAUACAGGAAAGGGCACAGUCAAAGCCAUUGACCCUUGGAUUUUAAAUAAAGAAUUCAAGGUUUAACGUUGAGAUUCUCACGGUUUUCGUACAAUUCUGCUAACAUAAAUUCCUGAGUCUGUGUGUUUUGGAGCCCUUUGGAAGAUUGAUAGCGGGGUGGAUAUUGUAGUAGUAACUCAGCUACAAGGAACUUAUUUUUCUGUCCUCUGUACAAACAGUUUGGAAUUUUAUAUUUCUGACUCCGUCAGUAACGAGCUGAGAUUUAGAACUGUCACAUUUUCAAAAAACGUGUUAUCAAGAUAGAAUGCGGCAGGCCGUUUCCAUGCAGACAGUAAUGAAACAAUUGCUAUUUUCUUACAAGCGUUUUGCUGCAGAGGCAUGUCUAUCUAGGUAGCUAUUAUAGUCCUUAGGAUGUGCGACAAAACAGUAUUUGAUGCUCCAGGUGGGAUUUUGAUCUUACCGCCAAUUUUUAAAGAGGAACCGACUCUUAUCUGAAAAUUAUACCUUUCAAUAAAACACUGAAAAUCACCUAUAUCUUGUGUUAACAUUUUUUUCAUGUGAUGCCCUGUUUUCUUGAAAAUAAAUAUUAACCCCUUAAGGACACAUGACAUGUGUGACAUGUUAUGAUUCCCUUUUAUUCCAGAAGCUUGGUCCUUAAGGGGUUAAAGGAGCACUAUAGCCAAACCACUUCAUCUCAAUGUCUUUAACCCCUUAAGGACCAAACUUCUGGAAUAAAAGGGAAUCAUGACAUGUCACACAUGUCAUGUGUCCUUAAGGGGUUAAUGAGGACAUAAAAAAAAAAUCUGGCUUUAAAUGGCCAUUUUGCAACAAAGUCUUGAGAUUUGCGUGUUUUGCAGGGAGAUUUCUCAAAUGCCUUGCAGUUUAGGUGGUUGGAAUGGCCUUUCGCAAUCACAGUAUAUCUGUUGUUUGGGCAAUGGUUCAAUGAAGCACAUGUGUUUUAUAUCACUCUCUGAGGUUUUCGAAGUUUUACUUAUGACUUCUCAUAAACCAGUUCCCUACGGGCCCACUACGAUACGGCUUGUUGAAUGAACCGGUGAAGUCUUUUCCCAUUUCUUUUAUCACUUUAGGGUAUGCAAGUUGACCCUUUGUCUUGAAUUGCUGUGUUUGAUGAUUUGCGUUGUACAAAUUUUGUUUUGUGUUGCUUUGUUUUAAAUGUAUUUGCUACUGUUCGCACACACCAACACACCAUAUUUUAUGACUAGUCUUAAACUAAAAUUUGUCAAGUUUAAUUUUUUCUUUUUGUUACACUUACCUAUACAAAAGCAGGAGCAAAUUCUUCCAGGUCUUUUUUUUUUUAGCAAGUUCAAGGUUACCGGGCAUUCCGUUUAUUGACAUAGAGCGUUAGCUUUGCGAUAGCCAAUGAGCACGGGCCUUUAUUGGACUUGCCCAUCUUAAUGAAGAUAUCUGUCUUCUGUUAACGGAGGGACAUAGGUAAGUUGUUCUAAAAUGGUUUAACUACCGGUACCGUAAUUACUUUUGGAGUGUGCCAGAGCCCUCCUGGCACCAUAGCCACUACAGCCAGCUGCUUGGAGUGUUCCUUUAAAGGGACAGUCUAAGUACCAAAAUAAUUUAAUAUUCAUGAAAACAUUUUGGAGCAUAAAUACUGUCCCUGUUGCUUCCUAUUAUAAACAGUGCAGUUUUUUAAGAAAACAUUUUGUUUCCACUCCAACAAGUGGCUAUUAGUCAGGACUCCAACAGGUGCUUCAGACUGGAUAAGAUUCAAUUAUUAGAUAUAUUAUAUGUUCGUCGUCAGUAUGCAUGCUGAUAAAGACUGUUCUUAAAUACUUUUCUGUGAGAAGCAUCGAAUUCUGUGCUUCUCAUAAAAAUGCAAUGGAUUGGUGGAUCCCAGAGGUUGCAGGACACGGACCUUGUGCUCUGCCCCUGAUCUGCCUCCUUGACAAGCUCAGCCAAUCCAAUGCUUUCCAAUGAGAAAGCAAUGUGAUUGGCUCAGAUGAUGUCAGCCAAGAAGGCAGAUCUGGGGCAGAGCUAGAGCAGCAGACUCUCUAGAUAAAGGUAGGAUUUUAUUACAUUUAUGGGGGCAAGAGGGAAUCAGCGGGGCAAGAUAGUGAUUUUAACACUAUAGGGUCAAGAAUGCAUGUUUGUGUUCCUGACCCUAUAGUGUUUCUUUAACUUCACUGGAGGCAGAUCAGGCUGCAGUAAGGAAACUGUGUCCCGGGGCUCUAAUAAAGGAACUUUUAAGAGAGUUUAAGAAUUAAAAAAAACAAAUUGUAAAACUAAGAAACACAUCUCAAUAAAAAAAAAUUAAUAUAUAUAUAUAUAUAUAGAUGACGGACGGACACCUCUGCUGACGGAUGCUCCUAGCGCUUCUCAAGGACCAUAGACACCAUAGGCACCACAGACUCCACGAACUGCCAUAGCUUGGUUGGGAUCUCGCCAUCUCUUUCCCACCCUGGGACUCCAACCUCUGGAUCCAGGAGCGUGUGGGAAGGGCCUCCUCCAAGAGAGUAUAGCUGGGGCUCUCCUCCAAGAGAGUAUAGCAAUAUAGCUGAAGAGAGCUCUUACAAGAGUUAGCAGUGAUAUAGCUGGUAUAGCUGUUCCCUACAACAAGAGACAAGGCUACAAGUUGAGGGUAAGAAGAUCUCGUUUAUUUAGUGCAAGGGGCAUUUCUUUUAUACAGUUUUCCCCAUGGGGCUGUUCGUGCAAAUAGGCACUGUUAAUGUGGCAUUUGUAUUGUCAGACACCGUUCGACUCCAUUCGAAGUGUUGAAGUUCCAGAGAAGGUAGAAGUUCAGUGGUGUUUGUGCCGUCGUGUAUCCGAUUUUAUUUCCAUGAACUUGACGUCCAAACACCGCUGAACGCGUUCAACUGAAUUAAAAUGGCUGCCGCCACAUGUUUGUUUGUCGAAUGGCGGCCACUACGACUACUUCGGCAUUUCAGCUGUAUCCGAAGUGCCAGUUCAAAAGUGCAGAUGCUUUCCCAUAUGAUUUAAAGGGCCAGAUGCAGUAUUUUAGAAUCCAAUCUGCACAAAUGGAGUUUUUAAAAGGCACUACACUCCAGGGGCCAUAGUCACAAGGCAGAAGGCUAUAUGUAUAGAUUUAUUUAUUUUAAAUUUGAAAGAUUCUUAAAGUUCUUUAGCAGUCAUUUUUCAUACCUAAUUCCAAAUGUCAAAAUUAUUGGUGGCCUAUUUUUUUAAACCUGUAAUCCGGUUUUGAACGUAAUAAUUACUGAUAUUCCUUGUUCUUCACAUCUGGUUGCCAGAUGAGGUGGGGUUAAUAUAUGAUGUCGCUCUGUGUUAUCUUGGAGAGCUUAUGAUGGCAGGAAGCUCUCUGUGUAACAUAGUAAUUGUCAGUAAGAGGAGGCUAUCCAGUUCAGUCCUUUCCCCCAGGCUAAUGUCCUGUCAUUGUUUUCGAAUCUCUGGUAAGGUCAAAAAAGAAACAUUGCAUAGUUUUGUAUCAAGCUGUUACCUCUCAGCACUGGGCGCAUCAUUUAUAUGUUUUAUGAGAUCGGCAGUGGUGGUGGCACAUGUGUGUGUAUAUAUAUAUAUAUCUUCUGUAAUAAUAGGUGUUUAUGCAUACUUGUUUCAAACUUUGCCCUUAAAUUUACAAUUCCUUUGCCAUUUAUCCAUACGUUUAAUAAAUAAAUCCCAUUGGAUAAAAAAUAAUAUAAUAAAAAAUUUACCUUUUUGUUGAUUUUACUUUUCACAGGCGUUUUUUACUGUGGUUGUCUAAAUUUUACUCCUGUGCAGCAUACCAACCAACUGUCCUGGAUCUGGCAGGAAUGUUCCAAAUUCUGACUCCUGUCUUGCCUUCCAAUGUUUGUUCCUUUCUGAUAACACCAGGGACAUGUCCCCAAUCAGCAUCAAGCUGAAUAAACAGGUUAGCUAAAUCCAAGUAAACUCAUAACAUAAAGCCCAAAACACAACUAUUCAAGAACAUUCCAGUCUGACACACCACCAUACCAUCCAAUGUGUCCAUAUUUAGGAGGGACAGUCCAUAUUUCAGACCCAAAUCCCUCUGUCCCUCUUUUUUCUCCCUGCUGUGUCCCGCUCUCCUAUCCAUCAUGGAUCCAUACCUUCCAAUAUUCACGCGGCAAUUUUAUUAAUACUGGUGCUCAAAAGAUUUUGUUUUGGACCCUCUAUUCUGAUGCCAUUGGAUACAAUAUGGUAAAGAAUAGCUCCAAAGGAUGUUAAUAUAGUUAUUUAAAGAUGGCAACACCCAGCAAACAAACGGUAUAUCCCCAAACCUCACUGAUAAAACAGCAAAUUAAUUAAACGAUUAUGAGCGGUAUGAUCGUAGAACAUAUCAAUAAAAAUGUGAUGGAAAAACAAUGCGAGCAGCAAAUUUUAAGCUGGAAAAACACUUUUAAUAUAUACUGCUGCAAUAAAAAAUUUAAAUGAUAGUUAAGGAAAUCAAAAUGGUGGGAGACUUUAACCGGAGACAAAUGCAAACUCACGCUUCGUAGAGGGAACAUCUGCUCUCUUUUCCUGUGUUCUGUGCAUGCAUAAAUCCUACACGUAGAAUUGGUGGGACUCUGUGAAAUGUGCUGCUUAUUAAACCAGCGUUUCUACACGUUUUCUAUCAAUUAAUGGAAAUAACAAAUCCUUCCGUUUCCUUCCUUUUCAGCAAGUAUCGCUAACUCAGCAAUUGUAUUUCUGAUUGAAACUUUUUUUUCUUUAAAAAGUUGCCUGCAAAAUUUUAACUAAUACAAUUUAAAAAAAAAUAAUAAUAAAAAAAAAAUCGAAAGAUGACAACCUUUGUUCUAGUGCUAACCAAGGUUAUAUAAAUAAAUGUAAAAUAUGCUUAUUUUUUUUUUUGCAAUAAAAUAAUUAACAAUCAAAAAUGACCUGGUGAACAGUACAUAAUGCACCAUGGAUCCUCAAAAUUUCUCUAUGUGAACCAACUGAUUGAAAUUUGGCUAAUGAGAGAUGUUUUAACCAGGGAGAUGGAAUGGACUGUUACUGUAUCUGCGCUGCAUUACAGGUAAAUUUAAUGUAUUUUUUUUUUACUUUUUUUUUUAUUUUGAAAACAGGAAGAGGAUCUAAAACCAAAAUUAGUAUUCCUUUAUCAUGUCCCCUACCUAAUCAUAUGCAGUAGCCCAUUUAUCCCACCUUACUAGAAGUGGAAUGUUUAUCAUAAGUGACACAAUGUAUACCAAGAACACAGAUGAGUUAGACUAUAGGUUGAGUCAUGAAAACAUCAUCUGCUUCUGGGAAAGAGCUCAUUAAAAAGUCCUUAAUGUUUUUUCCACCAGAGUGAAAAUAGUUCCGUAUCAGAGCUUUAAAGCAGACCUGUCACCUGAACAGAAUUACAUUUAAAAAUGAAGCAUGGAAACAGUAUAUAAACCUUGUAGGUGUGCUACAGAUAAUUCAUUAGAACAAAACUAUGCACAAAAGGAUGAUUCAUCUCCAAAAGUCUGUUCUGUUACUUUUAAUAUUUUGUAUUAUAAUUUACAUAGAUAAUGUAAAUAAAUUACAUAGAACUAGACAUUUUGGAGUUUAUUCACUUCUCCUUGCUAGAUGAUAGAUACUCUAGGUUUGAUUUGAUUUAAGGGAAUUUUCUUUAGUGUGUAUCAUGAAGCUUUUACAGAGAUUUAAAAAAAUUAGAGUAUUCCUUUAAAGACUUAGUAUGUCUCCUACUUACUCACGUGCAGUAGUCCAUCUAUCCUACUUUUGAGAUGAGAGGGAAUCUAUGGUCAGUGUGGUAGGGUAUGAGGGAGCUUGGGACCAUGUCUGCAAGCACGAGAGGAAGGAUGUGAUCGAAGAGGCGGUUAUACAUCAUGAGAAGAGCAGACGGACUGAACUGGGAAGUAUUUUAGUGAGGCCAGAGAUGUAAAGGUUAGCAGGUUUGUGGUGGGCAUCAUUGACUUUUCAUCUUCUUUUUGUUGGUUUGAGGGGAGGAUAUGGAUUUGGAGUUCAGUACAUUGCUUGUUAGGAAGGACUUGUAAGUGAAAGGUUAUAAUUGUGAAGACAGGACAUCAUGGAUUGGUGUAACUUGAGCCAGCAGGAUAUGCAGCAGGAAUACGUUUGGGGAAAAUAGAAGAAUACAAGUGGGAUGAAAAGCGGACAGAAUAGAAGACUCUGGGAUUUUUUUUGUAAUCGGUAAGACUUGUGCUUGUGUAUAAUUCAUAUAUUGAAUGAUGCAUUUUUUCAUAGGAUAUAUCUAAAAACAGCUUGCAAAAGCUGCAGAUCUCUUGCCUGCAGCCUUUGCAAGCCCUCCUCAUCUAACUCCGCCCAGACGUUCUAUGAUUGUCCAUUCACAGACUUCUCAAUGCAGCUCAAUCUUUGCAAGGCAGGUGCUUCGGGCCAUUGGUGCCUCUUGAGUCUGGCUCCACUGCCAGGAAGUAACAUGACCUGUAUUCUGAUUGACAACAUGGGGGACAUAACCAGGUUAGUUUAUAAAAGUGCCAAUAUCUGUUAAAAUCUGCACUUUUUGUUAAAAAAGAAAAAUACACACUCUUCACACAUAAAGCACUUAAGGAAGCUGAAGUGCUUUAAGGGUCUGGAGUUUCCCUUAAAGCAGUGCUCCUCAACCCUCUCCUCAAGGCACAUCUGCCAGUCCAGGAUUUACUGAUUUCCCAGGUGUGACUAAGGUGUUUAAAAAACAACAACAAAAAAAACACCUUAGACUCUAAAGCAGGGGUUCCCAACCCAGUCCUCAAGUACCCCCUACCAGUCAAUGAUUACCCUGUUGUGUCUAAAGUGUUUGUUUUUUACUUCUCAAAACACCUUAGACAUAACUGGGUAAUCCCUAAACCCUGGACUGGUAGGGGUUGUCACGCCAAGGGUGUAUAGUUCAUUGUUGCACAAUAGAAUAUUGCCAUUUAAUGUAAUUUGUGUAGUGCAUAUAUGAAUUGACCACUUGGUAGAGAUCAGAUGACAGAAGGGGUAAUGUAAAUUGCAUAGGAAUGUGAAAGGGGUCAGAUGGUUUACAAUAUGGAUUGCUCCUUUGAUUAAUCAAAGUCUCUGCAAGUUGUGAGAAGUAAUAGAGUCUGGUUUAAAUAUAAACUAACUCUCUAAUUGGCCAUAUGUCUAGAUUCCCUUUUAGAUAGGGGGUCCUUUGAUAUGUUAAUGGACAUUAGCCUUGUGUUCCAGUAUCAUAUCCAAAAGAAACAUUAAUAUUUACCCACAGAUUAAUAAUUAAGCCCCAUAUUUAUUAUUUUUAGAAUGUACCGGCAACAAUCUUCUAAUCAAGCCCACACAUGAUUUGCAUAACUUAACCAUAGGGGAAGGGAUUGUGAUGUCCAAUAUAUUGGACCACAAGUAAGGAGUGUGACAUAUCUGUGAAUUGGAAAAUGAUAACAAAUUCAUAGAUGCAAUUAUUAUUUCUGUGGCAAGUAUAUAAGAGGAGAUAGAACCAAAUGUUUCCAUUUUUAUUUAUGUUGGCCUGGAACACAAGUUACUAUAGGUAUGCCUUAUCUCCACCUCUGGGUGAGGCUUGGUAAUCCACAGGGUAUAUAUUUAAUGAUACUGAAGUGUGGAUUGGAUUUGCUUGGGGGCCAGAAUCUAAUUCUGAGUGAGUCAUCAUCUUUCUUACCAGAGACCCCCUGGGCAGAAGUUUUACUAUGAAAACCCGAGUAAGUGAUUAGGACUUCUGUUAUUUUAUCCCUUUUGUUUUUAUUAGUUGUUGGUGUAACUAAUUUGAUCUAUUUUAUGUAUGCACUGUGACUAAUUUUUGCUCAUAAUAAAUAUUCCUUUAUUAAGUUCUGCCUUUGUCUGGUUAAGAAUCAUGUUACCUGAAGAGACUUAUUAGUGUUUUGCAGUUGCUUAGAUAUUGUGCUAAGUUGUAUUUGGUGGGUUUUUAUCACCUGGGUACUGUAAAGGAUUUCCCUGUAUUUACCUGUGUCCAUUCGGUUAUUCCCUCUCCCUGCUAUUUAAGUGACUUUGAAGUAUUCGUUCUAUUUUUUUGUUCGGUACAUUUAUUCGUUCUACCAAACGGAGACCACCUUGGGUAGCAAUCAGAACACCAAGUAACCACACGAAAACCGCAAAGUAAUUGAGUGCUCCUAGGCGGCCAUCUUAAAUCUCCCGAACGCGGCCAGCGAGACUUACUCAUGGAUUGCCUGGAACCAUUUUUGUCAUGGCAAUCACACGAACACCCGGUCUUUAUGGAAGUCCCGUCUGACCUGUUUCCACUCACAGUAUCAGACCGGUGUUUGGGAGUUCCAAUCAACCGAACGAGGGGAACAUUCUCAUGUAACCAGAUGCAGUAUAACUAUGGUGGUUUUCGUGUAAUUCUGCACGAACAGAGACCGGCUCUUGCUACCAAUUUCAUGGAACUCUAAAUCGGAUACAACCGCAUGGCGAGCCGGUCAAACUUCCACACAAGGCGACACGGAAACUACCGAACGGAUGUUACUCCCAGUAUCCUCAGCUACCCAGGGAUUUUUAUAUGCAAAUGUCAUGUAGAUAUAUGUAUAUUUCCAAAAAUGUUGAAAAUUGUUAAUGUUUCUGGCCAGCAGAUAAUUGAGUUUAGUAUGUUGCUGAAACUCAAUUAUCUAGCCUGGCCCAGAGGAGGAGCUUGUACUGUAUGAGCUUGAAUGCCUGUUGCUUCCAGUAAAUGAGUCUUGUUCCAGCAUUAAGCUUUGGCUCAUGUGUGGAUUAUUUAGCGAUACCAGCGUUAUUUUACCCUGUGGAUUAUUGUUGUUAUUCUGCUAUUGGGAAAAAGGGAAUACUAGACGGUGAUACCAAUCACUACCGUCACAGGUAAUAACCUGGGUAGUCAGUAAAUCCUGGACUGGCAGGUGUUACUUUAGGAGAGGGUUGAGGAGCACUGCCUUAAAGGAUCAGGGGCUCCCGAUCUAAAACAGGUGUAGGCUUCUAUUUCAAUGUAUUACCUGCAAUUUGAACACCAAAAUAGCAAUCUUACACAAUAUGUAUUCCAGAGAUCCCCUUCCUGCCCCCUUUGUCCUCUUCAUAUUGCGACACUCCAUACUUGUAAGUCUUGUCAAUCAUGGUCAAGAAAUGGUUUCUUUGGAGGGAGAAAAGUCAGGUACCCAGUGGGACACGUUUGGGUUUAAACUGUUUAAUACUGUUUUUAAACACUAUUUAAUACCACUUUCAAACGCAGACGCCAUGUACAUCAGUGCUUACAGGCAGGGCCAAUCUUAGGGUCACUGACGCCUGGGUGCAAUAGCUAUAUCGCUAACUCCUCCCCUUCACAAACGUAACACUUCUAACCACACCCAUUUUCUAUGGAAUCCACUCCACCUCUUUGAACCCCGCAACCUCAUCAGGUACAUGUCACCCACUUCCUAAAAUGCCAGCCUUGCCCCAAAAAAACUUAUCAGUGCCAGCUUUGCCCUCAAAAAGCUUAUCCGUGUCAUCUCUGUCCCCAUGCAGCUUCCCAGUGUCAUCUUUGUCCCAAAAUAGCUUAUCAGUGCCUGGGGCGGAUCCAGAACCUAAUCUCAGGAGGGGCACUGGUAGUGGGAUAUCGUGGGGUGAUAGGGGCUGAAAUUGAGUAAUUAGGGGUUGUAGUAAAGGCCUAGGCACUGUAGUGGAGAGGUAGGGACUGUAGUAGGAGGGUUAAGACCUGUAAUUGGGAGGUUAGGGAAUUACUGGACUGUAGUAGAUGGUUCUGGGCUAAAAUGGGGGGAUUGCUGCAAUUGGGGAGAGGGGCUGUAGAGGGGAGUAUAUGGACUUUCAUGUGGGAUAAAGACUGUAAUAAGGGGAUAGGGGCUAUAGUAGGGAUAGGGGGUGUAAAGAUGGGUUAGGGGCUCUAGUAGGGGAUAAGGGCUGCAAGUGGGGAGAUGAGGGCUGUUCGUAAGGGAAAGUGGCUAUAGUGGGGGAAAAGAAAUUUGGAUGGUAGGCCCUGUAGUAGGAAGAGUGUGACUGCAUUUGGCGGUUAGUGACUGUAGUGGGGGGUAGGAGCUGCAGUGGGUAUCAGGGACUGUAGUAUGGGGGCUGGAGGCUGUAGUGUGGCAUAGGGGCUGCUGUUUGAUUAUAAGGGCAGCAGUGGGGGUAAGGGGCUGUAGUAGGAAGCUAGGGGCUAUAGUAGGGGAUAGAGGCUGAAGAAAAAAAAUGUAUCCCCCCCUCCCUGAGGUUUCCCUUGGGCCAGUGAAUGGGGAAUCUGGAUCCCUGGUGGUCCCAGGCACUGAGUGGGAUAGGUGGAGCCUAAUUCAGGGGACAGAGUCUAACGCGGGUGCGGAGCCUGGUACUCUCCUCCCCGCUGAUGCACCUCUAUCUACAGAGCGCCUGGGGGCUAUGCACCCCUACCCCUGGCCAGGGUCUACUCUGCUUACAGGUGGGGUGGCAGCAUAACCAGAUAUGAGCAUUUUGAGAAAUGUAGUCUGUGAAAUGGUUAGCCAUAACUGAUAUAUGUCAUGGUAUCAUCGGCCUCAGCUACAUCCUUUGCAGUAAGAUUGCUGGCGAUGUCAGAGACAUUACCACACAUGGCUCUCAUUUUGAAGUCUAUUAAGUGCUGUUCGAACAGACAGUACAUUAUGCCUUGUUUGUCUCCAUAAAUCAAAAGUCCCAUGAUGAUGAUCUCGAGGUACAUGCGGAAUGCAAACAAAAGAUUGAUUCAUAUCCAACUUUGCAUCUUAAUUUGUAAAGAGCAGGUAAUGGCUUAUUUAAGGAGAAUAGUGGUAAGAAUUUAAAGGUGCAUAAAAAGAACAUCUAGCAGUAAAUGUCUGGCGGUUGCAGUACUUUCUAAGAUAUAUGAUGAUCUUUCUUCUCACCGUUAACUCACUGGUCUAAUCCAUUGCACCUUUGGGAUCAAACAGUAGCUAUUAAGCAAGUUAUAUUAUUAGUAGUAUUUCUUUAUUUAUAGAAUAGUAUAAAUUAUUAUUUUUUUAUUGGGCAGUUACAGAAAUAUAAUUAUGGAGUAGUAAAUAGGCAUAACAAUAUCUCAAACUGAGCGGUAUGGCAACUAUACAUUUUUUCUGGUUUUAGACAGGAUACGGCACGACGGUGGAGCAUGAUUGAAAACAAACGAAACAACAAAUAAUAUAGAAAAAAUAGCAUUUGACUGCAAUUAUAGAUCACUUGGUGCCAGAUGAGGGCAGACAAGGUAUUGUUGUGGGAGCAUUAUCCAAGAUAGCUGUGCAGUGUGCUGGAGGGGUAUUCCUUGUCCCCCCACCAGAGGUAUAUGACUGUUCCAUACUGCAGAAUCAGACCUGGGGUCUCCAACCCAAAACAUGGCAAGCUUUCUGACUGCAUUCCAACCUCCAUCCUCGAUUACAUAGAACUGUCUGCAGAAGCCCUGUCUGAGUUUUUAUAAAACAGGAGUCACGUGGAGUAGAUAGCAGCCUCCUUGCCUUUUGGACUAGCCGAUCUGGAACAUUUACUUUGAGAUGAUGCGAAGCAAACAGCGGCCUCCCUGGUUUCCUGGACAGCCAGGUCUCAGUUAUCGCCAUUCUAGCUAGCUAUCUUUGCCCAGAAGUUUUCGAUUAGUUUGUCAAGCUCCUCCAUAUUGUAGGGCUGUUGGCCUUGAGAGCUUGGUAGACGCAUGGUAUCUGCUAUCUUGACAAUGGAUAUUGUUUCCCACUGGACUCAAGAAACCCUCACUGGCAAAGGUGUGAGGGGCAGGGCCCACCCACAGAGGCCCUAAUCCAGGCAAGUCAGGGGUACAGAGAUUGGUUGCUUCUCCUACAUCCCUUAAAACAAAGUAGUGUGGUGUGUUCCUUUAAGAUGAAAUAUACUAAAUGGAUUUUUUCAAGUCUAUACAAAAUUGAGCAUGCAAAUAAAGAGAUACAGCUAAUUAGUUAGGCCAAAGUCUAUAAAAUGCUUGAAAGAUAUGUUGCUGCUUUAAGUGUCCGUAUAAAGAGGAAUCAUAACUUCUUUAGAAAUUCCACAUUGAAUAAAACAUUGAAAAUCACCUAAAACUUAUGUUAACCUUGUGAUGCUCCCUGUUAUUUUAAACUUAUAUUCAAUAUUUAGCAAGUGACAUCGCAAUCCAGCCCAGUUUAGCCAAAUCCAGGGCAAACACUGCACAGGAAAAGUGGAAAUAGAAACGCUGUUUAAUGGACCACUAUAGUCACCCUGACCACUUCAGCUCAAUAAAGUGGUCUGGGUGCCAGGUCCCCUAGGUUUUAACCCUUCACAUGUAAACAUAGCAGUUUCAGAGAAACUGCUAUGUUUACAUUGCAGGGUUAAUCUAGCCUCUAGUGGCUGUCUUCCUGACAGCCGCUAGAGGCGCUUCCCCGAUGCUUAAUGCAAAAAUCACAUUGAGAACGCAGAAGGUCCAUAGGAAAGCAUUAAGAAAUGCUUUCCUAUGGACGUUUUUAAUGUGCGUGUGGCUCCUGCCGCGGAUGCGCAUUCAGCUCCACUCGGGAGCUGAUGUCGGAGGGGGAGGAGAGGUUACCAGUGCCCGGCGCUGGAUAAAGGUAAGUGGCUGAAGGGGUUUUAACCCCUUCAGCCCAGUGGGAGUGGGGCCCUGAGGAGCAUAUAGUGUCAGGAAAAUGAGUUUGUUUUUCUGAAAUUUAUCGUCCUCGCUUUCUCUAUGCUGACUGCCAGGUGCAAAGGACAGCGUUUAUAACAGUGGUGCCAAGAGUAGUUAUGGUGGCAAAAGGCGUCCGCCUCCCUUUGUAAAUCGUCAUAUCAUCCCAGAACGGUUUAACUUUUUCCCUAGGAUCCAUGUCAUGCUACUUGGAGUGUUGCUUUAAAUUGAACUAUUCAUGUUGAGUACAUAAAGUAUAUACUUAUAUAGUAUAUAGACAAGCAGCCUCAGCUAAUUCCCUACACUUGAUUCAAUAAGAUCCUACUACGGUGAAUCAACAGAUACUGUAAUGAUGGAUUGGUCCGUGUUAUUCAUUUAUUUUGUGAAAUUUGAUACAUUUGAUUGUUUUCCCACUCUACUCUUUAUAUGAUCAUUUAUUUAUCAAAUAACCCUACCAGCAUUCCAAGUCCUGGACAUGCUGUCGCUUCCCGUCACAAAGAUCAUACCGAUGCAUCUCCCUAAUGUAUCGUUGCCGCGAGGAGAACCAUCAUUUAUGAUUUUCUGAAUUUGACCCGGCUAUUUUCCAAUUCUUCAUGCCUGUGUUAGCACAUAGCUGUCAUAGCAAGGCCAGUUAGAACAAUCAGGGCUAGACAUAGAAUAUUUUUGUCUCCUGAUUAUCAACCGUCUAGCACUGAACUUAUCAGCAAAAGAUACAACAAAUAUUUCAUGUUGCAUCAUCUGUCCUGAGUCCAUUUUCUCUCCAGAGCGAUUUGAGGGCCAGAAGAUGCUAUCUAUAGCUUCACAUUCCACCGUGAGCUAAUCUGCCAAUUAUCUGCAACUGGAUGAGAGCGAAUCUCAUUUGAUGAAUCAAGUACUUUUCGAAAGUUUCAAAUUCCAAAAAUGGUUGUGCAUUCUGUCACUUUUAUAUGUCAGUUUUGUGCACAUUUGUCUCCUCUGACUGGUUUAUGGUGACACAGGUUUCAGGAACAAGCAUACAUUAUUCUAAACCUUUUUUGCUACACCUUUUACUUGAUUGAAAAUCAAGAGAUAUUCAAAUUCAACAUUAGCAAAUUAGCCUCUGGUUUAUUCACUAAAUAACAAAUUGCAGACAAUAACAUAUUUUAUAGUUCCAUUCUGAAAUUCUGCAGAGACAGGGUCCUUACACAAUAACACAAAGUGAUUAUGGUGCCUAGAGUACUUUUAUAAUUAUAUAAUCACUAAUCAAUGUGAAGCAACCUGCGAUAUAUAGCUUUAUUUAUGUGUUUAUUAUUUUAUAUGAGAUAUCAGCUAUAUUCCCAAUGUGAGCCAUAAAAUAUUUACGCAGUAUUACUAGUAGUUGGAAAAAUACAAAAUAAUUUCACUCUAAUAGGUGUGGUUCAUGGUUCCAAAAUCUGGCAAAUUUUUUUGUUAGCAAAUGGAUUGUGUAUGCAACAAUAGUUACACUUUCAAGUGAUUUGAAGUUGUCAUGGUGCCUGGAAUCUGUAUGUGCAGCAUGAAAAACUGCCCACCCUUCGUUUAAUCCCUCUACUGACGAAGGUUUAACUUCACCUCGGGCAGUGUCAUUGAGGUGUCAUCAACGUUCAGUGCUUAUGUCAUUGCAUGGAGUGGCAGUAAGUAGCUGAGAGGGACAGCCAUGGCUUUGGUGGCUCUACAGAAGCUAGAAGAGUGUCAAUGGACAAUCAGAGAGCAGCAGAGCCUGGUGGGGACCCAGCUAAGGGGAAAAUUGCUGCUACAUGUUUUGCCUCUUUACCAGGAAACAGGGCUAAGGUACUACUGGGAGCAUAACCAUGACAGUGGGCUGUAUUAGUUAUGAUGAGUAGAUUAACCCUUUAAAGGAACACGCAUCACUUUAAGACAACUCUCACAUUCAAAAGCUUUUUUUUCAUAUUUUCUUCCUUCUACAUUCUUAUGCUUUUCAUGCCCACUGUAUGGAGAUCACCGAUCUAACCAAUCACUGUCCUUUCCCUAGGAACACAGGAAAGUGCAUUGGGCAUGCCUGACAGUCACACAUGUGCAGCUGCAGAUCUCUUUACUUUGCAACAUCCUAAAAGGGGGAGAAAAGAGAGAGUUUGAUCAGUAUGAUCAUGCAGAGCAGACUCCAGUGUCAGGUUUGUCUCUCCUGCUGCUACACAAUCAUGCCCUGUUUCUGUUAUUAGUGGACUGAUCUGAAACGGAGUUGAAUGUGCAGAGGGAAGACUGAAGAAACACCUCUAGUUGAGAGGCGUGCCCAACAAUGCAAUCUGGCCAAAUUUAUAAAUGUUUAUUAUAUACUUAACAUUUUUCAUGCUUUAUUUUGGUUUAUAUAUUUAUUUCAACAUUUUUGCUUGCUGACUUAAAAAAAUAAUUGUCAAGUGCAUGUACCUUUUAAAUAUACAUAGCACAGUCAGAAUAAUGUUUUUGUCCUUCUGAUUUCUGAUGUCAAAAUAUUACUAGUGUGCUUGAAUAUAUAUCCUGAGUUUAUGUGAUUAUGAUAAACUGUGUGGAAGCAUUCAGAUCAAAAUGCUAUUUCCUAGCCAUUAGCUCAUUAGCACGUUGGAGUUUCAAUUUGAUUAAUUGUCACUGGUAUAUUUUUUAUCUAGAGGCAGAUUAGAUAUGCACGAAUGAUACGUCCAUGGGAAAUCGCACAUUGUAGAAAAUGAAUGAGAUACUUUUUUAAAUACAAUUUAAUGUUAUUAAUGAAAUUGUUAAAUGACCAGAUUAUGGGAAUAACUGUAAACAGGUCUGGCAAGAUUAUGCAAUGUCAGUCAGUUGCUGCAAUGACCGAUUUGUUACCAUCACCUAUGUAACGAACCCUGAAGUGGUAGCUAUGGGUUCGUAUGAUUUGAGCCGAACGGCUGAGAGUCUGGGUGAUUAUAGCUCACCGUUCGGUUCUUCUGGUCGGUAGUUAAAGUCCAAAGAAAUAAAAUCCUCUAGUACAGCUUUCCCCAAGGAGUAAUCAGGUACCCAAACACCAGCCGAAACAUGAUGAAGGGUGUAACAAGACUGAUGUUUAUUGAGACCACACAGGCUUUUAUGGAGGUCCCCUUGCAGGAGGACCCCCCACAGUACACAAACUAAAUAGCUAAUCAUAAGGUACAGUUACACUUAAACACUCCCUGUCUCUGCCUGUGAGAUAAUGAGAUAAGUUAAGGAAUAACCCAAUUAGCUCCAGGCGAAGUGCACACAUUUCCCCCAAAACUCAGAACACCCCUUUAUGCUUAAGGUAUCCCCACAAAUGUCACGUCCCCUGAUAGCCCCGAUCUGGGGGAACAACAUAUUAAAAUUUCACCCAAAUCGGUUCAGAGGUUUUUAAAAAGUGUGGAAGUCUUAAGUUACUGACCGCACACGAAGCUCUUGCUGAAAAGUGCUCUCCUAACUGUUCGGGAAAUACAGUUCCAUCGUUCGUAUGUUUGAGACCGGUGUUCGGGAAGUCGAAUGUCCGAUUUUAGUUCCAGACACUUGACGACCAAGUCCCGCUGCCUUUGUCCCGAACAAACAAGAUGGCCGCCAUUUUCUCCGCCACGUGGCAUUCGUAUAUACGAAUGGUGGCCAUCCUGAGAGAGCGCUUAAUUGACGGGCUCCUUUGAAGUCAAUGAGCCAGGAGGGUGGUCUGUGUUCGGUAGUUUCAAUCUACCGAACCAAUGUGGCAUAAACUAACCGAAUAAACUAAACAGAUGAAUGCUCAGAGAAAACCCCGAACUCCCAAUGGGUUUUCUCACAACCUAUAAUAAAUAAAUAAAGCAUUGAUUUACAUAAGGGAAUAAUAAAUAAUAUAAUAAAGAUUUUUUUUCCUAAAAAUGCAUUUGAUGCACUGACAUUGAAUGCACCAGUUUUAAAGAAGAUUUUAAUAAAAUUAGAAAAACAUCAUAAGGAGGAUACAAAAUUUUAAAAAGGCAUGUACGUGUGCAAUCAUAAGGAAUUUGAUCAAUACUGAUGAUCUCAGCCAAUAAAAUGCUUAUCCGCUUGGAAACAUUGGGAGGUUAGAACACAUGUGGUACAUCACUGUGCUGCAUCAAUCUGUUAACUCAAUGUAAAGGGUGGAGACUCUGAAAGUCAGUCCUGCAAUUUUUGCAGGACUGAACCCAGGAAGCUCCCCUAGUGACAGUUAGUAUAGAUGUCGUUAGGCAGCAAUGCUACACUAUGGUCUGUUUCUAUAUUUGUGUAUUUUAGGCUAAAUCUAAAUCCUAAUUGUUGGUAAUAUUGGUAAUAUUUUAUUUAUUAUUGUGCGCUCUCACCUAUCAUUUUAUUUUAAGUUUAACACUGUGAUUGUGUUGUGUGGAGUGAUGUUACACAGGGUGGUAGCAACAACACUUUUUUAUCCAGUCAGCAUUAGUUCUUGCACUGUGUUAUAUUUAAUAACCAAUGUAAACAUUGCCUUUUUCCAGAAAAGGCAGUGUUUACACUGCUCAGCCUGAAGGGACAGACUCUAUGGCCCAGAAAUAUAAAAGGAUCACUAUAGUGUCAGGAAAACAAACCGGUUUUCCUGACACUAUGUCAUCCUUGGGGGACCUUCACCCUCAGGGUCCCUCUCCCCUUUCGCAUCCAGCGUCGCAGAAGCACCUAUAGCAGCUGUCAGGAAGAGUGCGGAUUAACCCUGCUAUGUAAAAUUCAUUGUAAAGCGCUGAAGAGUUUGAUGGCGCUAUAUAAAUAACAUAAUAAUAAUAAACAUAGCAGUUUCUCUGAAACUGCUACGUUUACAUUUGAAGGGUUAAAACCUGAGGGACCUGGGACCCAGACCACUUCAUUGAGCUGAAGUGGUCUGGGUGACUAUAGUGUCCCCUUAAGCUGUAGUGAUUCUGAUGCCUAUGGUGUCCCUUUAAAUGUCCACUUAAGAAGCCAAUGUCUUCUGCUGCAUGCAUUGAAAUAUAGCUCAAAACACACACACUAAUGUACUGUAUAUUAGCAAGAGACUCUUAUGACACAUAUAGCUGCAGUGCCUUGUUGCACAGAUAAUGAAUGGCUCAUACCAUUGGAAAUUGCAGUGGGUUGCAGAACGUAGCAUUGAAACAUUGUGUUUGUACUACUGUUCUGCUAUGCUGAAAUCCAAACACAAGGUACGGAAAUAAACAAUUGUGUAUUAAUCCCUCCUUAGAAAUUGCUUUGACGCAUUUUCUCUCCUCUAAUCAAAUUACGAUGUUUCCACUUCAGGCAAGCUCUCAGUAUCUCUUCAUCGAUUGUCCUGUAACAUUAAAAAUAUUCUAGAUUUACAGCCUCCAGGAAUAGUCUCUAAGUGACUAAAACAACUGGAUAAUAGCAGUAAGUUCACGUUAACCCAUUGUCUGCCUGACAAGCGGACUUGUUUUGGGCUAUAACUUAUUCUUUUAGUUUUUCUCAUAGUGUGGGUUUUUCCUAAUUUGAGAAUCGUGGAUAAUUAACAAGGAAAUAGCAAGUUUUAGCAAAGCUGUAGAAAUCGCUGGAGAAUUUAUUCUGAUUUUCUGUUUAGUUUAAAAUUUCCAGAUCCCUUCUCUACGAUUCCCCAUUUAGUGUAUAACGUCCACAGAUUCCCAUAUAGAACCUGCUCUCAUGCCAUUUAGGAAAAUUUCGACAUGAAGUAAGACACUUAUCCAAGAUCAAGCUACAAUGAUAAUAAUGUGGAAUUCACACGUCUGUAUUAAUAUUGACAGUUUUGCCCACUCUAGAGGGCAUAUGUUUAUUGAGAGGAAUGGGGCAGAUAAGAUCAGUUUGGGAAGAUGGUACUCAUCCUAGCUCUGCAGCACGUCUGAGUGCUGGCACCAUCAUCUUUGUAUAAGCCUCAUGCAUAAUGUCUUCCAUUCUGCUCACAGCAUCAUGGGAUUUGCAGUAAUUUGCAUAGAAUGCCAAGCUGUGCCUAGAAAGCCUUGCAUAUGGUAUAAAAAAUUUGUAAUAGAAUAAAAAUCAAGCAAGAGAGUACAUAAUGUAAGAUAUUGAAGAAGGUAGCAUUUUCUCUUUAAUUAUCUUUGUAAAACAGUUUGAAAAAACAUUUUUUUUACCCUUCUUUUACGUUCUUCAGCAAUAAACUACUGGCAAAAUAGUGCGUAGCAUGAACAGUAUUGACACCUCUACAUGGGUAUCUUUUUUCUGGAUAGAAGGGGAAAGUGUUUAUCAAAUUAGGUGCAUAGUGUAACUUAAUAAUAGAGAAAGAUUACUUUUGGUUUGCGCCAACCGUUGUGCGGUUCAGCUUUCCCCAUAGUAUGUCUAAUUUUCCGUAGCUCAGCUUAUCCAAAAAAUAUUUAUUUUUAAAAGAGAACAAUGGGACUUUCUCGCUUUGCCUUCCGUACAGCCUUGUUUGCAAUAUCCCAGUUGAAUUGGACGUCUUACAGCCAAACGUUUAAAAUUAAUUCGUCUGUUUCAUUGAUUUGCUUUUUCCUUUUCUUUUCACAAUAAUUUGGUAUCAUAGUUUUCUCUACCGAAGAGUCCUUAAACUCAUUUAAUUUAGCAGUAAUUGUCCCACAGAUUUAGUCCAAAAAUGUGCUAAUGGCUGUUUAUUCACUGUCGAGAAAAAGACAAAUCAGAAAUAUUUUCAAAUUGGCGACUUUCCCAGCUCAGCUACCUUGGCCUGAGUUUGGCAGUUCCCGAGUCAUUUCUUCACAAUUCCCAGCUUAGAGAAAAAACUUCAUAGUAUAUUCACAUUUUCUUGCUGAGAAAUGCUGCAACUUGGACCAGUCAAUAUAUUAACUGUGCUUUCUAUAAAACUAAUAUUCCAGUAGUUCCAGUGCUCUGUAGUCUAUUUUUUAUUUUUAUUUAAAUCAUCGUGUUUUAUAUCUACUUUACCUUUUUACAAGGUUAUUCAAUAAAGUUACUUGUCAGAAAUUCUAUUGAAUUUAAAAUUUUAAGUCACAAUGCAUAAGUACCAAGAGUCCCAAAUUUGCUGGGAGAGUCCUGGAUUUUGGGUUACUAUCCCAGCACAAAUAGAUAUCAGGGAGCUUUCAAAAUGAAGGAGAAGAAUGGCUCUACUUGAGGUGGAAGGCCAUCAUUCUGCUUGGCCACAAUCUUUAGGGAUGGGACUACUCUUUUUGAUGAUCCCUUUGACUGGCAGCCUUCCCCUUGAUGACCAGACGCACCGCCAGCACAGUGGCCUGCUCUGUGCACCAUGCUGUGUGCAACCCACUUUCUUGCCUGCACACCUCCAUCAUGGAUGGUGGGCAGGGAAGAUUGGCAGGCAUGACAAUAAUCAAAAUGGACAUAGGGGGUAAUGCAUUAAAAUUGUGUGCUAAUAUGCAGUGAUAGAAUUAACCAUGGUGUAUGGACCCAUUUGCUCAAAUGGCUGUUACUUUGACCACAUAACCAGUGUAAUGUUAGAAAGGCUACAUCUGUGGACCAAAAAAAAAAACCCAAUCAAAAGAAGAAAAAUGAAAAGUUAUUUAGACCUCAGCAUAAAAACCAACCUACUUUAUUAAUAUUAACCAUACAAAAAACAAUGAAAUUAAUUUUAAAAUACUAAAGUACAGAAUGAUGUAUUAAUUUAUUUUUUAUUUGCAAACUUUUACAAUGGAAUAAAACAUAGGGUUGGAUGCAUGCUAUUGGGAGUAAAGGAGUUAAACAGUUUAUCACUAUUGAGUUGGCCAGGAUAUUAACCAGUGAUAUUCCACAUCUCACACGCUCUACUUUUUGUAAAGUGAGAAAUCAAAAGUGAAUUUCAAAUUCAAAAUAAAAAUAGUCAGCUACACUUCCUGACCCAAUAGUGUUAAAAACCCUGUUAAGCUUCCUGUUCCCCCAAUACCUCCUUAAAAAGAGCAUAAACUUUCCUUUAUUCCAGCGCAGCGCGGGUCCCCAUAGAGAUGCAUUGAGUCAAGGAGAUGCUGCUUGGCCAGCGGGGCAUUUGGCUCCACCACUGCCCCAUCUCCUUGACUGACAUCAUCAAAAUUGAUGAUCUCAGCCAAUCCAAUCCAAUGCUAUCCCAUAGGAAAGCAUUGGAUUGGCAGCGAUCGGCAGUUCUGAUGCUCUCAGCCAGGGGGGUGGAACCAAAUGCCCCGCUGGGCAAUCAGCAUCUCUUUGACUCAAAGUAUCUCUAUGGGGAAAGUUUAGCGUCUCAACACAGAGUGACCCAGAAAGCAACUCUAGUGAAUGCCACUGGAGGUGUCCCUAGUGUAUAAGAUGCCUUUUCUCUGAAGUUUAUUGGAGUGAUAUUAAGAUUUUAGCAUGGAUAAUUAUUGGAGAAGGACUUGGAUCUUAGCAUGGGUAACUACUGGAUAGACACUUGGAUGUAAGCAUGGGUAACUUCUGGAGGGACACUUGGAUCUUAGCAUGAGUAAUAACUGGAGGAACACUUGUAUCUUAGCAUGGGUAACUACUGGAGCAAUGCUUGUAUCUUAGCAUGGGUAACUAAUGGAGCAUGAUGUGGAUCCUAGCGUGGUUAACUAUUGGAGCAGGACAUGGAUCUAGGUAAAGGUGAAGGAUAUUCAACACGGGAGCAGAACAUGACAGUGCAGCACGAAUAAGUUCUGUAAUGUAAGUUAAGGCACAUGGCGUACCAGCUUGAACUCUAUCUUUAACAGACAUAUCACGUACUCUGUAGGUUUAUCCCUUGAUUUGCAUGGUCAGUGCCAGACAAUUCAUUUACAGGUUAUAGUUAACUCUGAUAAAUGACGAUUAGUUAAAUAAGCCCAAGAAUCAGUAGUAAUCAUGAAGUCAGAUCUAAUGAAUAGAUUUUCAGGCUCUAACUUGUAUAAAUAGUCCUGUCUCAGAAGCCUUAAGAACUAACGAAUAUUAGAAACACCUCGAACAACCAACAAAGAUCAAAUGAGGUCCAUCCUCUGGACAUUUACCACAAUACCUGGUAAUGGCAAUUAGAAAUGGAGAGAGAUUGAAGAGAUGAGAAGAUAAUCAGAAUUUAUCUGACAUGCCACAUUUCUUUGUCUCCUUUCACUCAUCCCUCGUCCCUCAUGGUGAAGGGACAGAUGUAUCCCUGGGAAGCACAGAAAGUGUCUCCUCAGGCUCAUGCUAGUGCCUAACGAUGCAGAGUUCUACAGCUGCUCUCCAGAAAUACACAGAAAACUCCAACAGAAGACCUUAUUAACUUGCAACAUUUCAAAACAACGAAAAGAUUUAUUGAAGAGCAAGAACAGUUUGUUUGCAAAGCCUAUGUGAUCCAAUUUUUUAUUGUGUUUAAACGUUUUGAUUUUUUUUUUUUUUACGUUUUCAAAAAUUCUUGUAUGACACUUACACUGCAGCCAUUCUGAUUUAAGUACUAUAUGCAAAAAGUGAUAUACUAAUAUUGUAAUUAUAUCGCUGAAUUUUAAAGCAGAUAUACAUGCAAGUUCCAGCUGUAUGUGUAUUUUUAUGGUACAUCAUUAUAUGUUGCGGAGGACCUCAAGCAAUUCCAAUACUAGAGAUGACUGUACCAGUCGAAGGUAGACCACUUGAAGAGCAAUUACCCUGUCCUCUGAUAUCGCAGUUUACAUGGGAAUAAACCUUGGUGCCCAUCCCAGCAUUGAUGACAAUUCUUUUUCCAUCCAAGAUGUUGACAUUGACUGCCUUGGAGAGAAGGUUGAGGAGCACUGCUUUCCUGAAUCAGUUUAUCGGUACUGAAAUGCUACUGAGCCCAACCGACAUAUGUCCAAAAUUAAGCAGUCCCUAAAAAUUUUUUUUUGGGACAAGUCUAAACAUAGGGCAAUUUCCAUGGAAACCAUUGGAAUCUGACACUUUUGCACAAUAUUAGAGAGCAGAACACUUUGAUAAAUCUCUCUCAUUAAUUACUUUUGAUGUCCAUUUACCAACUGCUGAUAUAGUUACCUUUUGAUAUUAUGCUUAGUGCUUUGAGUCCCCAUAAGAAAAAACUAACUCUAUAAUUUUUUUUCCAAGUGACAUUAUCCCAUUAUCCUGUAUUAAUUGAAGUCCAUUCACAAGUGAUGAACCUACCUCUUCCAUGUUGGAUGUCCCUAGAAAAUCUGUAGUUGGUGUUUUUUAUAUAAGUGAAAAUAGGAACUUGUAGUGAACUGCUGACCACAUUUCAAAAGAAUUGUCCAUUUAACUAGUCACACCUCAGCUAUUUUAGCCUGGUGAUUCUUUUUUGUAUUUUUUUAAUUGACCACAUUUCACUGUUUAGUGAAUUAAACCUCCGGUAAUUUAGAAAUAAUGAGAAACAGGAAUCUAUAGGAGCGACAAGUGAUCUGAGUCUGGUGGAUCGAUAUGCGUAACAUGCCUUUUCAUUAAAUGCCUGAAGAUUUAUUGCCCCUCCUUGGCUGUCCAACAAGAUAAAUUGGCAUGUAGGACAAACCAUGAACAGUUAUUUAAUUACUGCUAGUAUUAUGCCAUCAGUUUCCACAAAAUCAACCUUUAUCUACCUUCCCUAAAAGAGAAGUGUCUACUCUGAUGUUUUUAAAAUAUGAUGAUAAUUUUAUUUGAUUAGUACUGAUUCUUGUUACAUUCUUACUGGCUCAGUGUUCUUUAGUGUUCAACAGAAGGCAUUUUUUUUUAUUCUUAAAGGGACAGUCAACAUUUUCUUUCUAUAAGAAGUCUAUUGAGUUUUUUAAAUGCAAUGUAAAAAACAAAAUAUAUAAUCUCAGAUAUGAGCAUAUAAUCCCCGAAGAUAAAAUUGGAGAUGAAAGAAUUAAAUAACACAUUUUUAAAGGAUCUUGCCAAUCACGUUAACUGCUACAGCUUAUUAUAAUUGUUGCAAGGAAUCUAUACAUUUUAAUUCCCACGCAUGUUCUUGUUAAUUGUCUUUAAAAUCUGGCUUCCCUGUUAAGCGGUCUGAGUAUUUCGAUCGUGUGAGCACUUACAGCCAACUCACGCCACUCAAGUCAAUCCACAUUACUUGCAGGAGCUCACACUGCACUUUGCCGGGCAUGUAUAUAUUACAUAUACAGGUAUACAGGUAUACUUAGAACCUUACAGGUUAUUUUACAGGUAGGUACAGUAAGUCCAGUAGGUAUACAGUGUGCUGUAAACAGACGCUGAGCGAGAAGAUUUGACUCUACAUUCUGCAGUUUGGUUGUCCUUUAUCUGCAGUGCUCAGUGUAGUAAACAAAUCAAGUCGUGAUUUCAGUUUAGAAAUAGUUUAAACUUUUAAUCAUGAUAGGUACGAGCAAGACAUUUAUAUUCCAGUCAUUUAGAUUUUAUGAUGUGUCCUCGAAGCACUUAUAGAAAUGGCAGUAAGUUAAACAGAUGAGGAGACAAAUUGCAACAUUCUAUAUGAUGUCACUAGACAAAAAUGACUUUGCAUUCUCCUGCGAUCCACGAGUCUCAAUAGUUUUGAAUUCUCUGGAGAAAGAAAAGACAAACAGAGGAAAAGUCCUUAGUAGUUUAGUAUUGUUUAUUGAUAUGUAGCUUAAAAGUAAUUAAGACUACCUCACCAACAUAUAAUAAUUAAUCAGACAGUAACACUUGGAUCUCAUGGUUAAUACAGUAUAUAUAUUUUUUAAUGGAGAAGUCAUGUACCUGUCUUUUUCAGUUGUUUACACAUUGUUUGACCAGUUCAAAUGAUGGGGAAAUAUAAUAUUGUAGCCUAAAUUUUAUCGUUUGUAUGUUUAUUCUCUACAGCUGGGGUAGGCAGCCUUUUAGAAGUACUGUGCCAAAAUAAGAUAUUUAAGUCCCCUGGUGUGCCGGGCUUAUUUUUUAAUUUGUGGUGUGUUACCUAUGAAUGUGGGCUGUGUUUGGGGGCUGCUUGUGGAAUUGUAUGUGGAUGAUAUGUCACAUAGUGUGUUUGGUGGUUUGUGUAUGGAGCUGCUUGAGGUAUUGCAUGUGGGAGGCCGUUUUUUGGGUUGGUUGUGUGUGUGUAUUAUUGUCAGUGGUUUUGUGGGAUCUGUGUUUGUGUGUGGGCUGUUCGUAUUAUUUGUAUGAGGGGGAGGCUUAUUCUGCAGCUGUGUAUAUCUAGCAGUGUGGGUGGCUUCCUUGGGGUCCAGUGGGGGCUGGACUGGCCAGGUACUGGUCAAGGGCAGGAACUGCAAUAGCUGAUGUAGGCUGUUCUACUCCAGUGUGUAUUCACUUUUACAAGUACUGGGUACCUAAGUGCUGCAAUGCGUAAUUUGAGUAUUGUCCCUUACCAUCUUUUUUGCACUAGCAGAAAUCUGAAGUCCCACUGGGGCUCCUGAUACGCCAGAGCUCCCACUGGGGCUCCUGAUAGGCCAGAACCUGUUUGGCUCUAGCAGCCUUGAGUGCCAGGCGAAGGCACCUGGAGUGCCAUGCUUGGCACAUGUGCCGGAGGUUGCUGACCCCUGCUCUACAGUUUGAAUUUUAGUGACUAUCCCCAAAUGAUAUCCAUUAGAUCCUUUUAGGACGUUUUGCGAAAAAUAUUGAGGAUAAUAAAUACAUAAAUGGAUUUCUAUGGAAAGCUUCUGGUUUCCUGAUAUUUACUCUUGAAAGAUGAUAUUUAAGAAAUACUUUAAGUCCAAUUUGAACUAUUACAUUUAGUUUAAUAGAGACUAUAUAUUAAGGUGUCAUACAUAGGAUCAUGACAAUGUUUCUCAUUAUUCUGAAUGACUUGCAGAUCAUUAUGGUAAACAUCGCCACAGUCGGAUUACCUGCUGUCAGCCAUCUUUGAACUAACACCUAAGUUAAACUUAGUUGAACUGGGGCAUAAGUUGACCUUUGUUGGACUCUCCUUUGUAGAUGUACCAGGUAACUGAGGUAAUAAUUUGUAAAAUCACACCUCAAUUUUUUGAGCAGGCCUUCGGGUCAGUUGAAUAAUACAGGAACUGGAUAGAAUUCUGUCCAGUUUAUUUUGUAUUCAUGUUCUACAGCCAAAGUCCCCGGGGUCCCAGAGAGCCGAGCAGUCUCUGCUGCUGUGAACUGUAAUUGGUCACUUUAAGGGCUAACGGACAGAGCUAAUAAGGACUUAUAUGGGCUAAACAUAUAACACUGCGACUGUUUCCAAGCAACACAUUAAUAAUGAUAGAAUUCUCUGCGAAAUGACUAAUUAUCCAGUACGAUUAUGACGGCAAGGUGAUAAAUGCUUUAUUGAAAAGACAAUUUCCGUCAUAGACCUUGUUUUUACGCUUAUGGUGCCUUAGAGUGCGUACAAAACAUUUCUCCCUGAAAUAAUGGUUGGAAGGCCGUAUUUGUAAGAAAUAAGCAAUGAACAAUAAACAGCAGCAGUGAAACGAUUUUAUUAGAAACAGUUUGUCUUGUUUGGUCAUUCCGUGGUUCAUGGCCAAUCUGCUGUCGUGGUCAGCUAACCCAAUUAGCCAAUGAAUGGCUUUAAAAUAUGAAUGACAUUGCUGCAGUAAAUGAACAACAACAGAACAGGGGGCUACGGGAUCCCCGUUUUCUGCCAAACUUCUUGAAAUGUAAGAAUGACGUAUAUUAUAUCAAGUGAUAGGAAGCUGUAAAGAAGAUGGUAAUAUUGCUCAGAGGGUCAAUACUGGAUAGAUUUAGGAAUAACCUUAACAUACCAAUUCAAUGUCUCUUCGUUCAUCCUUCCAUUGUUGGUAAAAUGGUAACCACUGCACCAAUGUUAGAUAACGCAUCCAUGAUGGUACUCUUUAUGUAUUUACCAAUGCGAUAGACUACUUAUAGAUUAGUUAAAAUGGCUGUGUUGUUUCCAGUUAACUACUUACAGGGAAACUAUAGUCACCAAAACAACUUUAGCUAAAUUAAGCAGUUUUGGUGUACAGAUCAUGUACCCCUCCAUUGCUCCAUUAUCUGCCAUUUAAUAGUGAAUUUUUGUUUCUGUUUAUGCAGCCCAGGCCACACCUCACCUAUUUAACCAAAUAAAAUGGUUUAAUAUUCAGUCGGAUGGUACAUACAUUUAAAAAAUAAUUUUUUUAAUCUCCUGCUCUGUAAAUUGAACUUUAAUCACACACUGGAGGCGCAUGCCGGGUCAAGAAGGCUCUUAAGAGAGUAGAAGAUAAAAAAUUCUAAAUGAAACAGACUGUGCAAUUAAGGAAGUUUAAACAUUAGAUGUCUUUUUACAGGAAGUGUUUAGGAAGGCUGUGUAAGUCACACGCAGGGAGGUGUGACUAGGGUUGCAUAAACAAAGAGAUUUAACUCCUAAAUGGCAGAGAAUUGAGCAGCAAGACUGCAGGGGCAUGAACUAAACACCAAAACUGCUUUAUUAAGCUAAAAAUGUUUUGGUGCCUAUAGUGUCCUUUUAAUUGUGAGUUACAAAUCCCAGCGUGUGUCAGUGAGACAUUACUUAUACACCUCCUGUAUUGCAGCUUGCCUUACUGCAUGCCUCCAGUCUUUCCUAAUGCCCUUCCAUCCAUAAUUGUUGGUAGGGGAUACUGUCAUACCAAGGCAUUUAUUUGGCACCAGACAAUAAAAGGUAUUACAGACCAUGCUAUGUAUCUAUAAUGUUAAUAAGUACAUUUCUGUGAUUAUAUGAAUUGCAGUACCACCCAUGUUGCAAACUAGUACGACCAGAGUGGGUGGGGCAUGGGGUGCUUGUAACAUAAUAUGCAUCCCUGGUGAUGCUCUGCAAAGGACCAAUGGUACCCUGGCAGGUUUUAGACAUUUUAAGAGCCUGUUUAAGUAGAAAUGUGGAUCUUGGAAAUUAAAGAAAUGUAGGCCUUAAAUUUAAUAUUUUUGGAUAAACUUUUUAAAUGAAUUUCAAAGUAUUUAAAUAUAAAAAAGAUAUAAUAUCUAACAAUAUAUUAAAGGACCACUAUAGGCACCCAGUCCAUUUCAGCUCAAUGAAGUGGUCUGGGUGCCAGGUCCCUCUAGUUUUAACCCUCCAGCUGAAAACAUAGCAGUUUCAGAGAAACUGAGGGUUAAUCCAGCCUCUAGUGGCUGUCUUACUGAUAGCCGCUAGAGGCGCUUCCGCGAUUUUCACUGUGAAAAUCAAAGUGAGAAGACGCUAGACGUCCAUAGGACGUCCUCUUCAUCCUGCCCUGUUGGCCUCCACAACCCAUGGUGUACCUAAGCGCCUUGACAUAACAAACGGUAGCUGGAUCAAUAUGUUUAAAUGCAAUGUAAUAGUUCUCACCUUAAUGUUUUUUCUUUGUUUAUACUCGGUUUACAUUAUGAUUUAGCGACUGAAUGUGUAUGACACACCCGAUGACAACCCGACGGGCCACUUACACCUGACUACACGUCAAUCUAACAAACCCGGUUUACCUGACUACAAGUUAAUAUAUGUCUGUUGUGUGAGGUGAUGUCUCCAAUGUAUAUGACCUAGUCUAGUGCAACAAAAAUACAGGUGACCAUAAAGUGUCUACAAUGUUAUGUAAAUGUAACCACUGCAACCCAAGCUUGUAUACAUGUUUUAAAUGAAUGUGUCAUAAAGCUUCACCUGCAAAAUUAAUGAAUAUAAAAAAUGUAAAAAAACAGCAAAGAGGGGGCAGAUUGGGUAGAACUUAGCCAAGCAUUCUAGAAUUCAUUAGGUUAGUCGUUAAGAGAAACAGAUCAGAAUUCAGAUCAUUAUCCUUACUGUGAUAUUCAGUACGACUUAUAACAUUGUUUGUGAAUUACUGAUGAGCUCUGUUAAAAUGAUGUAUGUGCAGUAUGAUUUCUUUAUUCAAGCAGCAAUAUAAUAAAAAUAUUUAGUAAGAAAUAUAUCAGUUUCAACUUUUAUACAUUAUUAAAGGGAUACUAUAUUCACCAAAAUAACUUUAGUUUAAUGAAGCAGUUUUAAUGUAUAGUUCAUGAUCCUGCAGUCUCACUGCUCAAUUCUCUGCAAUUUAGGAGUUAAAUCCCUUUUGUUUGUCCAUGCAGCCCUGGCCACAACUGCCCUGGCCACAACUGCCCUGGCUGUGACUCACACACCAUGCAUGAAAAAAAUGGUUUCACUUUCAAUUAGAUGUAACUUACUUUAAAAGUUCUUAAAAGUGAACUUUAAUCAUACACAGAAUGCUUCUGUUGGACCUAGCAAGCUAACAACAGUGUAGGGUUUAAUACAUUUUAAAUUAAAUAUAAUUUGCAAAGAAAGAAGUAUAAACAUUAGCUGACUCUUUACAGGAAGUGUUUAGUAAGGCUGUGCAAGUCACAUGCAGAGAGGUGUGACUAAGGUGCAUAAACAAAGUGAUUUUACUCCUAAAUGGCAGAGAAUUGAGCAGUGACACUGCAGGGAAAUGAUUUAUACACCAAAACUGCUUCAAUAAGUUAAAGUUGUUUUGGUUACUAUAGUGUCCCUUUAACAAUAAUCCAAACUGACUUUUUAAAAGUGUAUCUUCUACUAUAGUCAGGACGGAAACAUCAGACAAAUCUGGACACAAACACACAAUAGAGUGUAUAGGAAACUAAUGGAAGGAGAAGAUGUGUCACUAGGCCUUGACCAGAUAUAUCAAUAAACCCUUAAAGGACCACUUUAGGCACCCAGACCACUUCAGCUUAAUGAAGUGAUCUGGGUGCCUGGUCCAGAUAGGGUUAACCCUUUUUUUUAUAAACAUAGCAGUUUCAGAGAAACUGCUAUGUUUAUAAAUAGGUUAAUCCAGCCUCUAAAGCCUCUAGUGGCUGUCUCAUUGACAGCCACUAGAGACGUUUGCGUGCUUCUCACUGUGAAAAUCACAGUGAAAAGACGCAAGCGUCCAUAGGAAAGCAUUAUGAAUGCUUUCCUAUGAGACUGGCUGAAUGUGCGUGCAGCUCCUGCCGUGCAUAUGCAUCCAGCCGAAGAGGAGGAGAGGAGGCGGAGAGGAGGAGGAGAGCUCCCCGCCCGGCGCUGGAGAAAGGUGAGUGUUUAACCCCUUCCUCUCCCCAGAGCCCGGCAGGAGGGGGACCCUGAGGGUGGGGGCACCCUUCAGGACACUAUAGUGCCAGGAAAACGAGUAUGUUUUCCUGGCACUAUAGUGGUCCUUUAACAGUGUAGCAAUAUUAUAGAACAAACAUUACAAUUCGGGUAGCAAACAUUAAUCUCUGGCAAUUUAAUUCAUAAAGCAUCACUUUUAUUACAGACACUAACCAGAUCACCUUUAAGGUUUAAAAACAGACUGUGUAAUUAAUAGGGCCAAAACCAACAACUCAAAAUUCAAACACAAUGUUACUGUGCCACUGAGUACACUAUACUCAGUCCGCUGCAUGUAUGGGUUAAAAUAAAAAUAAAAAUACACUACCCACUCUCCCCAAAAAUAAAUAUACGGGAGGUUCCAUUCACAAAAAGCAGCCUACCCACUGAUAUUUGAUUGCAAGUUUCUUGAUAAAAGUAAAGGUCAAGGCAUUCAUUUUAAUCUAUUCAAGUAGCUGUGUCAACGCACCCCCCCUCCCCCCUCCCAAAAAGAGCUUUCCCAUAAAGAUAAAAUCUUGUGAAAUGCCCAUAAAGAUUUGUUGGUAAUUUCCUUAAAAUUCCAAAACAGUCAAAAGAUAUCAUAAGACAAAAGACUAUUUUAUCCUAUGUAUUUUUCCUACAUUUGACAAAACUUGGCAAAUAUGUGAAACUACUUCCAUUAAAGAGACACUCCACUGCCAAAUGCUAAAUAAAUAAAAUCACUGUGUAGUAGAUAUACCCCCAAAUAAAUGUGUUUGUAUGCAUUUAAUUAUGCAUUUCUUCAUUGGAAUUAUAACUAAGAACAAUUUGCAAAAUCUGCAGUUUUCUUGUCUGCAGCCUUUACAAGCCCUCCUCUUGUAGCCCCGCCCAAACACUCUGUGGUUUGCCAAUCACAGACUUCCCAAUGCAGCUCAAUGAGAAGUCUUUGAAAGUCAGGUGCUUUGGGAUUGCUGCCUCUUGAGUUUAGUGUAAAUAAGCUAACCAAACCAGGAAGUAAUAUUGUCUGCUGUCUUCAUGAAAAGCCAAGGGGGUGUAACUAGUAUAAUUUAUAAAAGUAUAAAUUUCUAUUUAAAUCUGCACUUUUUGCCAAAGUUUUUCAGCAAGCUAAAGUGCUUUAUGGAUCUGGAGUGUUCCUGUGAGGUUUGUCAAGCCCUCAGCCAUUGCUAGUAAUGGUAGAAGGGAAAAAAGUUCUGUCUAUUGAGGCUCCCGCGGUCUCUGACUUUCUUUCAGAUGAAGCGGAACCUGUAGUAUUAUUUUUGGACGAUAGCUUCCCUUUAGCAUUAUGUUUACUUAUCCUCUAUAAUUAACAAAUAUAUGUGUGUGUGAGAUGUACAAAUUUAAAUAAAUGUAGAAAUUCACACAUCUUUCUAUUGCAACUAGUGCCUCCAUUUUUGUGUCCUGUCUAUCAUUCGUAUAAGCUACAGGGGUGUGGAUCCUAAGGGGGGGAAAAACCCUUUAACUCUGCUGCUGGCCCACAGCACGGUUAAAAGAAAAAAACAACAACAUGCCAGGAACUGCAUGACCCAGGUGUCGAGCGAUACGAUAUGUGCAUCCCUGAGCUAUGUAGUUUGCACCUGGCAGUCAGCACAGAGAAAGCACACAGGGGAGAGGAGAAAUGAAGCAAUGUUUCUAUGUCUCCUCAUUUGCAUUGUUUGCCCUGGUUGUGCCAAGCAGGAACUGGAAUGUUAUAUCACUUGCUAAAUCUACCUGGCCAGGUAACUAUAAAACAGAUGAGGCAUGUGCUCAUCGCUCAUGGGAUUCUUUAUAAACUCCGGUAUUUAACCCUAAUGCUUAAUCAAAACAAAAAAAAGGGGGCCUUAUGUCCACACAUUAUUUUAACAUCCUGAUAAGCAAUCUUUAUAAUAAACUGAUGGGGUGGAGGGGGGAUUCCCAAGGUUCCACUUACUGUCUUAGAGAGUUGGAGCACUUACCUAUGGCCCUGUCCUGAUGUUACAGGUUCAGUGAAUGAGCUAACACCACGAACAUACUUUUAUUGCAUCGCUAUGACUGCUGUGUGUAUCGCUGCUUUCAUUCUACAUGACAGUAUGGUGACUUAUGUGUCAAGCAGGAUGUAAUACAUAAUACUUUAUGUGUCAAGUAGGAUACUAAUGUGAUGAAAGCUAAUAUAAAUAUGUAUGGGAAUAGAAAAUAAAGCAAAAAAAAAAAAACCCAGCAAAUGUCUUGGUGUAAUAAUAAACAUAAAUAGCGUUGCAGCUAUUAGAAUAUGUGUAGGUACAGUAAGACAGAUACUGCAGUUCGGAGUUGUUCUAUGAUUACAGAUUCCAAUUGGAUGUUGUCUUGUGGUGCAGUUUCUAUAGAUACUUGUACACCAAUACCAUGUUUCUAAUUAAAUAAUAUGGACAAGUGCCACCGUAAAUCAAAGGGACAUAAUAAAACGAAUUAUUUACUGCACCCCUGAUUGAAAUGAGAUAUUUAGCAGCUUUCGUAAGGAUCGUUAUUGAUAAGGUCUGCGUUCUGGUUUAAUUAAAGAGAUGCCGUACAAUUAUUGAGGCAGAAACAUCUACAAGAUCAGCUAUUCUAAAAUAAAUUGCAGGAGGUGCAUAUCUUAAAAGAGCCCUAUAUAAGAGAGGUCUACUGGGAACUAGUAAGAUGGGCAGAUUGGAAUGUAUUAAAAGGGCACUGUAGGCACUAUAACAAUUUAAUCUAUUUUUAAUUGGUUAUAUUGCCUGGCGUCCCCUGGCGCUGUCCCUCAAUUCAAUUUUCAACCAUUUUCAGGCAGUUUAAAACUAAAUAAGGGUCCCUUAUAUAUAUAUAUUUUUUUUAACUUAUGCUUAUUUUUUAAGUUAUACAUUAGGAAAUAAUGGUUACUACAAGUCAAAACACAUUUUAUUACCUGUUAAAGGACCACUAUAGUGUCAGGAAACCUGCUUUCCUGACACUAUAUAAUCCUUAGGGUCCCCCCACCCUCAGGGCCCCCUUCCCGCUGGGCUGAAGGGGUUAAAACCCAUUCAGCCACUUACCUUUAUCCAGCGCCAUACUCCCUCGGCAUUGGUGAUCUCCCCCUCCGACGUCAGCUCCCGAGUGGAGCCAAAUGCACAUGUGCGGCCAGAGCCGCACGCACAUUAAAAACGCCCAUAGGAAAGCAUUUCUCAAUGCUUCCCGAUGGAUGUUCUGCAUGCUCAAUGCGAUUUUCAGGAAGACAGCCACUAGAGGCUGGAAUAGCCCUGCAAUGUAAACAUAUCAGUUUCUCUGUAACUGCUAUGUUUACAUCUGAAGGGUUAAAACCUGGGGGACCUGGCAUCCAGACCAUUUCAUUAAGCUAUAGUGGUCUGGUGACUAUAGUGGUCCUUUAAUUUUAACAAUGAGGGUCUAAAUCUAAAGUAAAAUAAUUACUAUUUUAAUGUUAAAUACUAAAUUUAUUUAAUUUUAAUGAUAAUAUUCCUUUAAGAGAGAGGGAUUUAGUGUGUAUGUGAUAUGACUUGUUGGCAUCCUCAAAGCACGUCCGCUCACUUGUAUCAUCCGAAAUCACGUUAAUUUUUAAAAAAUGGUUUGAGGAUAUGAAACAAAAAACGUGCACGUUUUGAAUAUAUUAUGAAUUAACCAAACAUACUAGGGUUUAUUUGUUAAAGUCUGUAUUGUAUUAAAAGCAAAGAGGGAAAAUUGAGGCUAAAAUAAAAUAAUCUGACUGUGACUAUAACUGACUUGGAAGAUUCUUUCUGAUUAACAAUUUUGACUCAUGGCAAAAAGGACUACCAGAAGACACACUUUUAGAAAGUUAAAAUAUUUGUAAUCUAUAUUCUUCAAACUGUCUGAGUCAUAUUGUUUUAAGAGGGUAAAAUGUAAAACGGCUAUAAAAAAUGUUUCAUGAUCUGAAAAAGUUAUAAAAUGUAAAACAGUUACAUGAAAAAAUGAGUUGCCUCAGAGUUCACAUAUUCUCUGUUUUUGUUACCUUAUAAUAUGAGUAGCCAGAAAAGUUGCAAAUCAAUAUAAAAGUUACAUAUAAAAAAAUGGAUUGCAUAGCAUGAAAAGUUACAAAGCGAUAUAAAAUGGCUACUUAAAAGAAAAACAGACCAUAUAGCUAGAAAAAAUGCUAAAAUAACAAUAUAAAACAGCCCCAUAAAAAACGACUGCAUAGCCCGAAAGAUUGCAGGAUACAAUAUAACUGUUACAAUAAAAAAGGCAGGCUGCAUAGCUUAAACAUUUAGUAGAAAAGAGGGACACCAUUUAAAUUUAUACAGGGCAGAUUAGGGCUAAUGUGAGAAAAGUGUUCUUUACAAAAAGGGUAGUACAUACACGGAACAGCCUUCCAGUAGCACUGGUAGUACAGAAAUUGGAUAAUGCUCAAAGUGGGCAUAAUGAGCUAUUGUGGAGAAAUAAUAAAUCCUAUCUGGCUGAUAUAUUACAAUGAGCAGACUGGAUUGGUAAAUUGGGUCGUAUCUAGUGUCAGAUUGAAUGGUAUUACGCCACGCAAUUUAUGUUGAUCGUUAAAACAGUGAUCCAACAUCAGCCACAUAAUCAGCUCCCUGUUGGAUGAGUCUAAGCAUUUGUUCAGAGGGACCUUUGUCCUGUUUACUUGGAGGUAUAAAGUUCCCUGCCAUGACUGACGCGUCUUGUUUAUGGGCGAGAAGCUGUGUGAUUUCCAGUUGCCAGACGCUGAAUCCAGCUGUUGUGAGUUGCAGCUCUGACUGUCUUUCUUUCUGUGCUUGUGUCUUUGUACAGCUGUGUCAACGAGCAUGGAAGAUUAUGAUUUUCUUUUCAAGAUCGUCCUGAUCGGAAAUGCCGGCGUAGGAAAGACCUGCCUCGUCCGACGCUUUACUCAGGUAAGACACACUCAGAUAGGAUGUUCUUUUAUUAUUAUUUUAUUAUUUAUAUAUCUUUAACCCGUUAGUACACGGGAAAUAAAAAUCACUAAACCGCAAAAUGUGCAGGAUCAGCAAGGGAAUAGAAAAUAUUGCACCAUUGUACAGUAUACAUUUUUUUUUCCAGUUUUUGUAUUUUGGCUAUGAAUUUGCAAUUCGCUCUUCAAUUAUACACAAUAUUAAGUUUAGUGACUAAAUCCCAGGGGUUCAGCAAAAAAAAAAAAAAAAGGUGUGCUUUCAGUACUAGAUGUAUCACGCUACCCUGUGUUACAGCAAAUAUUAUUUUUAUUCUCUCUACACUUUGCUUCCAUAACUGAAAUUCUGCAUAUUUAUGUAUUAAAACCUACAUAGGUUGUAUCUGAUAUUUAUACCUGGCCCCUGGCUUUGCUGGGGAUACGGCUCAAUAUUGGACACAGGGAUAGAUUAGAAAAGGUUUGGUCAGUAUUUGCUUUAACCCCUUAACCCUUUAAGGACAUAUGACGGAAAUAUUCCGUCACGAUUCCCUUUUAUUCCAGAAGUUAUGUCCUUAAGGGGUUAAGGACACAUGACAUGUGUGACAUGUCAUGAUUUCCUGUUAUUCCAGAAGUUUGGUCCUUAAGGAGUUAAAGGCAAACCAAAUAUGGACCAAAUUUAUAGAUGUCCCAUACAUAUCUCUUUUGUCUUCCUACCCCGUCACCAUUGUUGCCUCCCGCUGGUGUACUGAUAAAGCAGUCCAACUUCACUGAAGCAGUGAUCAAAUACAACAACUCUGUCCUACCUGGUCCCCCACAUGGUAAUAUGAUGUCAUAUUAAAUGGUCAAUAUUGCUCACAUUCCAUUUGGAGAGACAUUCCAUAUGGCGUAAAAAGCUCCUUAUCACAUUUCUUUUCUUGCCUUUAAAACCAGUCCCUUACACCACUUUUCCAAUAUUUGGGAGAUUCCUCACAACUUAACCCCCACGAUAUCUUGUAUUAUGGCCCUGUUACUGAUUUAACAGUGACUUUCGAUGUCUCCUAAUAUUUGUUACACAGUAAAAUUAGUCUGAAAUCUGAGGUUUUAUGAUAAGAACAGCAAACACUGACUCUUAAAGUGCUCAGUUACUAAAUUGCAAAGUAAGAAAUAUGACAUUUUGCAAAAGGGAUCUUUAAAUAUAAAAAAAAAUUAGAUUAAAGUAGAAAAUAUGUCCAAGCACUCUUCCAAAAGAUAUUUAGAAUAAGAUUGUGAAAAAGAUUAUCUUUCUUUUGUCUCAAAUCCAAAAACAAAGUACAGAAAAUAAGCCAAAUGCCUAGCAAAAUAGAUGUAAAAUAAAAAUAAGAUGUGUAGAAAAUAGAAAAAAAAAGAAUGAAUAAAUACCAAUGCAAAAUAUUAGAACAUAUUUAAACGAAGUGUAUCUGCAACCCAAAUCUAAUUGCACUCACGUGUUUUAGAGCAUAUAGCCUGGCCAUAAGACUGUUAAUGGAAGUCACAGAGGUGUGAAUAAUCGGAAACUGAAAGCGAAUUUCAGAUUUUAGGCCAUUGGAAAAAUACUUUGUCAGAUGUAUUUUCAGUUCAGUGUGAUCUAAAGUUUUAAAUUUACUUUGACUUCCCAACAAUACAACACAACAAGAUUCCCAGCAAGCAAGUUCAAAUGUCUCAAUCUCUGAAAUCUCCAGCAAUGUUUAGGAAGGAGGAGGGACAAAAUAAAUAAAACUGAAAUUACAAAAUCAUAUUUGUACAUGAACAAUGAUUUAUUGGAAGUUGAUAAACCACCAGUAGUCCUUUUCCAGAUCUCUAUAUUCAGACAGCAUAAUGUGUAUACAGGGCUGGCACAUCCAUUAGGCGGCACAAGCCUGGGGUGCCCUAGAUUAGAGUGACCAUCAGCAGGGAAGCGCACAGCGCUCUCUCCUAUCAACCACUCAAUGUAGCAUAGCCGAGCAAAGCAGACCAUGGUACGGGAGCUUCCGUUUCCUGUAGCCGGCUGGUCUGACAGGAAGUUCUCACUGGGCUCUGCUCAGCCAUGCUAAGAGAGAUAUUGAGGGAUACCAGGAAAGGAGGGAGCGGAUCACCUAGGAGGGAGAAGGGGGGGAGAGAGAUGAACACUAAGAGACGUGGAGGGAAGGGGAGAAGAGCACUAGGGGGGGCACUAAGGGACAGGGAAGGGAGGGGAGAGGAACACUAGGGGCAGAGGGGAACCAUUAAGAGACAAGGGAGGGGAGAGGACCACUAAGGGAGUGGGGAAAGAAACGCUAAGGGACAUGGGUGGGAGGGGAGAGGAACACUAAAGGACAGGGAAGGGUGGGUGAGAUUUACUAAGGGACAGGGGAGGGAGGGGAGAGGACCACUAAUGGUCAGGAAGGGGAGGGGGUGAGGACCACUAAGGGAAAGGGAGGGGAGAGAAUACUAAGGGACAGGAAAGGAUCCACUAAGGGACAGGAAAGGGAGAGGACCACUAAGGGACAUGGAGGGAAGGGGAGACGAACAAUAAGGGACAUGGAGGAGAGAGUGGCACACAUGGGGGCCUGAGUGGAGAGAAAGACACACAGAGGGACAUGAGGGGGAAGAAAGAGACACAGAUGGGCCUGGGGGUGAGAAAGCCGCACAGAGGAGCUAGGGAUGAAAGACACACACAAAAGGGCCUCGGGGUAGAACAACAAAGAGGCUGGGGGUGAAAGAGACACACAGGGGCUGGAAAAGAGGUAAAAGAGACACAAAAGGGGGGUUAAGAGGCACACAGGUAAAGAUGUUUUUUGGGGGGAGGGUGCAAAAAUCCUUGCACCGGCCCUGUGUAUAUAUACAUCAUAUAAUUUAUAUAUUAUAUGUAAAUAAUAAACCAAAUUGCUUAUAUCACAUUUGCGUGGUGUUAGCUUUACUACCAGUCUGUAUAGCAAUUAUAGAAGCAUUAUGCGAACUAUUUUUCAUUAUGUCUUAGAGUUUGCACCAGUAGAUCUGGCCAUCACUGAAGAUUAUAUAAUUGUGCUGGAGUGUUUGUGUGCAGAUAUACCUGGCUUACAGAUGGUGAAUCCCAUGCUUCUGGCACGGACGCUAAUAGUAAUUCAUCGAUUUAAUAGUUUAAUAAAAAAACAAGUCAGGGUUAAAUAGUGCAUUUUCAUUAUUGAAUUCUGAAAUUAGCAAUUAAGUUGAUUCUGGUCAUAAGUGAUGUCACUGAUGAUGUAAUCAGUCUGCAAGACAAACAGAAAGCGUCCUGUUAACCUACUUUUCUUGCCCCUAAUAAUGAAUUAUUACAUUCACAAGGUUGCAUUAAUCUUGGUGUCAUUUUCCUUGAUAUUGUUAUAUGUCUGAAUUGAAUAGGGUAUUUAGGGUAGCUGUGGCAUUAAUGCAGUUCCAUUAAUUAGUAACGAAUGUGUUGAAUGCAAUACUCUAAUUACCAGGGAUAUUUUUCUAACUACUGUUAAAUGUAAAUUUGAGUUUGCAAUAUAAAAACUGGAAAAUGAUAUUCUUCUGCUUUGAUGUGUUUAUAGUUCACACAACACAGAAUUCACAUUUUAAAACAUUUAGGUCUUGUUUUAUAUGUAUGUAUCAAGAAUACUAGCAUUAAGUAACUCUUUGCAUUUAACUCUCCAAAUAGCCAACUAUUGUAUAAUUUGCAAGGUGAUUUAAUGAAUAAAAAAAUAAUUUAUUAAAAGGACAACAGGGUAAAAUCAAUACCGUAUAUACUCGUGUAUAAGUCGAUCUCAUGUAUAAGUCGAGUGCAGUUUUGUGACCAACAAUUGUGAAAUAUGCUAUACCUCGUGGAUAAGUCGGGGGUAAAACUUGGGGCUAUGAAGUUCUGUGAUUUUUAUAAUUAUAUACACACACACUCAUACAAACACACACUCUGCAUUAUACACACACACACACUCAUACAAACACACACUCUGCAUUAUACACACACACUCAUACACACACUCUGCAUUAUACACACACACUCUGCAUUAUACACACACACACUCACACACAAUUUUUUAAUAUUUACAUUUUUUUAUUUUAAUAUUUUUUUUUAUUAUUUAAUUUUUAUUUUCGUCCCCCCUCCCUGCUUGUUAGCUGGCCAGAGAGGGGUGCUCUCAUUCCCUGGUGGUCCAGUGGAUGGGCUGUGUAAAAGUGGGACUUGCAGAGAGCUGUUACUUACCUUUCCUGCAGCUCCUGUCAGCUCCCUUCUCCUCCGGUCCGGUCAGCUCCACUUUAAGUCUUGCGAGAGCCGUGGGGUCAGAGCGUUGCCACGCUCUGCGCGGCAUUCACACCGCGAGACUUACAGUGGAGGAGAAGGGAGCUGACCGGAGCACAGGAGAAGGGAGCUGAUUGGAGCGCAGGAGAAGUAUUAUGGCAAUGUAAGUUGCCAUUAUACAGACACUGACUCGAGUAUAAGUCGAGUGGGGGUUUUUCAGCACAAAUAAUGUGCUGAAAAACUAGACUUAUACUUGAGUAUAUAUGGUAAAUAAAAUAAAUUUGAUGAAAAUAGAUUUUCAGUAGCCUGUAGGUAACAAAGUUCAUUACCAGGCUUAUCUAAUUUAGGCCUAGAUUUAAUAUUUUUGGAUAAACUUUUCAAAUUAUUUAAUUUAUAAAAAAAAAAUAUUUAAUAUUUUCUUUACAAACUUUUAAUUAUAUUUUUUUCAAAUUACUAAAAAAAAUUAUUACUCAUAUAAUUUCAAAAUAUAUUAAAAUACUUUUAAAGGUAUUAUGUAAUUUGAAAGUUUAUCCCUUUGUACAGCGCUACGGAAUCUGAUGGCGCUAUAUAAAUAAUAAAAUAAUAAUAAUUAAUAAUAAUAAUAAUCCAAAAAUAUCAGAUCAUUUGAAAAGCUUAUCCAAAAAAUAUUACAUUUAGGCUCUAAUGUCAAGAUGUUGAUGACACUUUUUUUCUAAUAGUUGGUGUAUAUACUUUGUGAAUAUCCUAAAUUAGAUAAUCAAUGACAUUACUCAGGGUUUUAUCCACUGACAUUUAGGACUUAUCACUUUGUUUAGUUAGCCCUAAUCACACUUCCCUGCAUGUGACCUACACAAUCUCCCUACACAUGUAAAGAGAGAUUUAAUGUUCCUUCAGAAGGUGUGGGAACCCUGUGAAACCUAUUCCAAGACCGGCUGAGUUGGAGGGGGAGACCGGAGUGGUGUGGUUUGGGUUGUGUGCCGCUGCCUCCCCCAUUCCCCCUCUUGUCGUCCGGCUCCUUUCCUUUCUCCUGAGAUGGUGAGAUCUAUGGUUCAACCCCGCCACUCUUCCUCCAAUUGUCGACCCGACUCUUUCCUUAUCUUGCUUCUUUUUCUAUUCUACUCUUUGCUUUACUUUACUAUUCUGUUUCCUCCUCUUUUCGUUUCUUUGUUAUCCUGAUUGGAUAUAUAUAUAUAUAUAUAUAUAUAUGUUCUCAGGCACCCCUGCUGGCUGCCACACGUUUCUAAGGCUCCUGACCUCUCCAGGAAUUAUCUUAAUUUUAACCACUCAUAAUUCAUCACAAAUAUUUCUAGGACCAAUAUUGACUCCACAUAUCACACAACCGGACUUACCAAAAUUGAGCGGAUGGCAUUACUAAACUGAGAUACACAACGCAUUGAAACAUACUUCCAAUGGACCUUCUUACUACCAGGAAGAGAUGCCUUCAGCAGAACACCACAAACAAGGUAUCCCUUCAAAAACGAAAAGCUUUUUUAACUCCUUCACUGCUGGGGGAAUGAUCACCCUCCCUCAUAUCUGUAUUUCCCAAAACCCCCAAAAGUGGUCGCUGCACUCAGUCCCUUGCUAGUGGUUACCCUAAAAUCACUUGGCAUCUUCAAAGGGACUGAUAGGGGCUGUCUUGGAGGAAAAUCAAAACUUAAAGUUCAAUCUCCUGACACUAUCACAGCUUCUCCAUCACGGUGUCUAUCUGCAAGCCCAAUUAAAGUGAUUCAACUUAGAAGCCACAAAAACCGCACCAUCAAAUGAAGGAAACCUCUUUGUGUGAUCCUCAUUAGAAGACACACUGUUUCCAAAGUACAGAGCAAAAACUCCGAAUCCCAAGACUGUCCUAUCAGAUCAAUCCUGUGCAAUGCCAGAUCAAUAAGGAACAAAACAGCUAUUAUUGCCGACCUUAUUGAAACAUGCAAAUUAGCGUGCAUUACAGAAUCAUGGCUAGAUGAAAAUGCGGGGACUAUUCUAGAGGCAGCUAUUCCAGGCAAUUACACAGUGUUCCACCGCCUGAGACAAGAUUGCAAGGGAGGUGGAGUUAUGUUGGACAGGACACAUGAUCCAGAUGAUAAAGCUGCUCUUACCAAACAUCUAAAUGAAUAUCAAUUCAAGAUAACUAAAAAAAAAAUCUUAAUUUUUAUCACACAAAAUUGCACUAAUUCCACCGGAUGAUAUGCCAACAUUAAUCCAUGCAUUUGUAUCCUCUCGACUAGAUUAUUACAAUGAACUUUACUUGGGCCUCCCAGAAAAAUAACUCCAUCGCCUUCAGACUGUACAAAAUGCAGCAGCCAGACUACCGACCUAUCAAACUUGCUCCUGCCACAUAACACCUGUUCUCCACUCCCUGCAUUGGCUUCCAGUUAAAUGGCAAACAUAUUUUAAAAUUGGCCUGCUGACCUUCAAAGCCUUAAACAAUCAAGGCCCACAGUACCAGAAAGAAGUCCUGACACCCUACAUUCCAUCCCGUUCACUUCGGUCAGCCAACAAGUCCUUCCUGUCAGUGCUCGGAAUAAAGACAGACUCAGGUUCCAGGGCAUUCAGCCACGCUGCCCCUACCUUCUGGAACUCUUUACAGUGCGCAAUCAGAGAGGCACCGUCCUUACAGACUUUAAAAAAAAAAAAAGCUAUAGACCCACCUCUUCCAUCAGGCAUUCAGUCCGCUCAUCUGACCUUCAAAACUCCUAACUUUUAUGUCUUUAUGUUUGUAUAUUUGUAAAGUGCUUGGAGUCUCACAGGGAGAAAAGCGCUAUAAAAAUCAUUAAUUAUUUUUUAUAAUUUUAUAUAUAUAUAUAUAUAUACACACCCUUGGAUGGUGGGUCAAAGUACAGUUUACUCUCAUUACCUGACCGUUGAUAUUGUGCUUUUACUUGUAUGUCAAUACUCUAUUCUUUUCUUUACUCACUAACAGAUUACGAUUUAGCCUAAACUAUUCUAUGUUGACCUACAGCAGGCCGACCUUAGUGCUCCUCUGUUCAACAUUGUUAAUUUUUACAGUAAAUGAAUAUUGUUUUAUUUUGUGAUCUGAUACCUUAUAACAUGUGUAUGUAUUUUGUGCUUCUGUCGACUGUCUAUCUGGGUGUUUUUGAAGUUUUUUUUGGUGCUACCAUAUAGCAUAUAAAAUAGAGAUCUAAUGUUUAGACUUCCUUUAUUGCAUAGUCUGUUUAAUCUAGAAUGCCUUUUAGACCCCAAAGGAGUGUCCUGCGUGUGAUUAAGGUUAAAUUAACAGAACAGGAGUUGAGAACUUUUAAAGUAAACAAACUGUGCUGUAAAAUCUGACUGAAAAGCCUUUUUUUUUUUUAUGCAGGCUGUGUGAGUCACAGCCAGGAAGGUUGGGGCUAGGGCUGUGUAAACAGAAACAAAAGUGACUUAACUCCUAAAUGGCAGAAAAUUGAGUAGUGAGACUGCAGGGGCAUGAUCUACACACUAAAACUGCUUAAUUAAGCUAGUGUUGUUAUUGUGCUUAGAAUAUCCUUUAAUUAAUUAUCCACUUUCUCUCUUUCAGGGUCUCUUUCCUCCAGGGCAAGGAGCAACUAUAGGGGUAGAUUUUAUGAUAAAAACUGUGGAAAUAAAAGGAGAAAAGAUAAAGGUCAGUAAAGAUUGUAAUUAUAUAUUUCAACCAGUUAACACAUCCUUACGCUUUUCACAUAGACAUGAUUAAAGGACCACUAUAGGCACACAGACCACUUCAGCUCAAUGAAGUGGUCUGGGUGCCAGGUCCAUCUAGGGUUAACCCUGCAGCUGUAAACAUAGCAGUUUCAGAGAAACUGCUAUGUUUACAUAUGGGUUAAUCCAGCCUCUAGUGGCUGUCUCAUUGACAGCUGCUAGAGGCGUUUCCGCGAUUCUCACUGUGAUUUUCACAGACUGACUGAAUGCUCGGCUCUAAUGAUGUCGGAAGGAGGAGGAGAGUCCCCAGUGCCGAGGGAGCCCGGCGCUGGAGAAAGGUAAGCGUUUAACCCCUUCCUCCUCCUAGAGCCCAGCGGGAGGGGGGCCAUGAGGGUGGGGGGACCUAUUAACACUAUAGUGCCCAGACAGUCUCCCCGCGGUGGAUUAGGACCCCUGGGGCCAUGUGAUCGCUCAAUACAGCGAUCACAUGGUCACAAUAGGUGUCCAUGUGUCUGCCUGAAGGGGUUAAUAUUAAAAAAUAAUAUUAUUAUAUAUGUGUAUAUAUAUAUAUAUGAUAUAUAGACAUAUAUUAUAUCCAUAUAAUAUAUGUCUAUAUAUCAUAUAUAGUGUCAUGCUACGUGUAUUUUUAUAUUAAUAUGUACAUAUAUUAAUAUAAAAAUACACUUAUAAUUAAAUUACACACGUAUAUAUAUAUAAUAUAUAUAAUAACUAUAUAUAUUGUGUAUAUAUAUAUAUAUUAGAAAAUACAAAUAAUAAGUAAUUUAAAUUAAAUAAAAAAAAUUAAAUUAAUAAUAACAAAUUUAAAAAAAAUUAUUUAUCUAUAUGAAAUUUUAUUCUAAAUGUAUUUUGAUAUUAAUAUAUAUAUGUUUAUAUCAAAAUACACUUAGAAUGAAAUUGUAUAUAUAUAUAUCUAUAUAUAUAUAAAUAAAUAAGAAUAAUACAAAAUAUACAUAUGUCCUUAUACAAAAUUACAUAAAUAAUUAUAUAAAUAUACACGUAGACUUCAAAUAUAUAAAUAUGCAUAUGUAUUUAAAUUCUACGUGCGUAUUUAUGUAAUAUUUUUACAUAAUUAAGUAAUUUUAUUGAUUGCAAUUUGAGGAACCUGCCUGUCAACCCAGGCCGAAAUUCCAGAGAAUUUAAUUUGCUAGCACUGUAUUUUACCCUGUAACGUUCUACGACACCCUAAAACCUGUACAUGGGGGGUACUGUUUUACUUGGGAGACUUCGCUGAACACAUAUAUUAGUGAUUCAAAACAGUAAAACAUAUCACAGCGAUGAUAUUGUCAGUGAAAGUGACCUUUUUUGCAUUUUUCACACACAAACAGCACUUUUACUGAUGAUAUAAUUGUUGUGAUACGUUUUCCUGUUUUGAAACACUAAUAUUUGUGUUCAGCAAAGUCUCCUGAGUAAAACAGUAGCCCCCAUGAACAGGUUUUAUAGUUUUUCUGAAAGUUACAGGGUCAAAUAAAUGGGUCAAAUAUUUUUACAUUGAAAAUGGUCAGGUUGGUUACGUUGCCUUUGAGAGCGUAUGGUAGCCCAGGAAUGAUAAUUACUCCCAUUUGCAAAAGAAUACAACCCAAGGUUUUGCAAAUUGGGUAUGUCCAGUCUUUUUUAGUAACCACUUAGUCACAAACACUGGCCAAAAUUAGCAUUCAAUUUAGUUUUUUACUUUUUUCACACACAAACAAAUAUGAACGCUAAAUAUGGCCAGUGUUUGCGACUAAGUGGCUACUAAAAAAGUCUGGACAUAACCCAUAUUGAAUACCCUGGGUUGUCUACUUUAAAAAAAUAUGUACAUGUGGGGUGUUAUUCAGAGAUUUAUGACAGAUAAUAGUGUUACAAUGUCACUAUUGAUAAAUUUAAAAAAUUUAUGUUUUGAAACCACAAUCUCCUACUUGUACUUAAAGCCCUAUUACAUGCAAAAAAAAUAGCAAAAAAGCACGUAAACACUGGGUACAAAAUGUUGAAUCUAUUUAGCAGUUUUUUUCAUUCGCUUUUGUAGAUGAGUAAAAGAUUUUUCAAGUAAAAGUAAAAAAAAAAUGUAUAUUUUUCAAUUUUUCAUCAUAUUUUUUAAUUUUUUAAAAAUUAAAUUAUAUGAGAUUAUAUAAAUAAUGAUAUGUAAAGAAAGCCCUUUUUGUCCUGAAAAUAUAUAUAUAUAUAUAAUUUGUAUGGGAACAGUAAAUGAGAGAGCAGAAAAUUACAGCUAAACACAAACACCACAAAAGUGUAAAAAGAUGCCUGGUCACAAAUGUACAACAUCGCAAAAACAGUCCGGUCCUUAAGGGUUAAGUGUGGUCAUACACACAAAGGUUUUAGGUAUUUGUUUGUAUUUUCCAGCUCCUCCUCUCCCUAUGAUCGUAUCCUUGUGAUUUUAAAUAUUUUUCAAUUAAUGUGAUAUUUUAAGUGAAGCUAGGUCACUGCAUGAAUUUCAAAUUUAAUUUUUGACCUAAGGAACUCCUGUCCGUCAUUUUCCAACCCUCCUAAUACCCUCUUAUUUCUUGAAUUGUAGCUGAGAUUUUAUUUCUUUAAUAUUGUAGUGCUGCCCAAUGCCAAGGGGAAUGAGCACCCCUGGCAUUAAUUAGAGAUUACCUUUGCCAUCAUUAUCAUGCCAGGCAGCUGAACGCUCAUUCAGUAAUGUUUAAGGACAUGGGACCUUUGUUAUUGUGGUGACAUCAACCCACCAGCAGUGUAUAAAAAAUAAAAGUGGGACUGUGCAAAAAAACUGCAUACAUGCCAACUCAGCUUGUGUUCGGUAUUUUUCCCCUUUUCAUUCGGUAUAUGUAACUACCUAACAGAGACCGCCCCCCUGACUCGUUAACUUCAAAAGCAUGCUUCAAUUAAACCCUAUACCUGUGCAGCCAUCUUGUUUGUGCGAACAAAGGCAGCGGGACUUGGUCGCCGAGUGUCUGGAACUAAAAUCGGACACUCGACUUCCCGAAUACCGGUCCCAACAUACGAAUGUUGGAUCUUUGUUUCCCGAACAGCUAGGAGAGCGCUGUUCGGUACUUUUGUGCAUUCGUAUGAGGGGAACAAUUGCUACUAGAAGCCAGGGGAAACCGUUCAUGGGAUUAUUUGUUUAUUUCAACUUCACGAAAUAGACUGGCAAAACCACCCAAACGCCUGGAACUGUUUUGGGCAACAGCCUCGUGGGAAGCCAGUCACCUAAGACCUCCAUGGAAUUUGAGAACCCUGAGCUGAUCUGGGUGAUUUUUGGAUAUGUUGGUCACCCAGUUUAGGGCUAUCAGGGGAUAUGACUUUUAAGGGAUACCCCAUGUUUUUAGGGGUGUUCUGAAAGUUGGGGAAAACUGUACCUUUUCUGCCUUGGGAUAAUGAAGUUAUUAUGUUAUCUGCCUUAAUUAUCUCCAGGUCCAGGGAAGGGAAUUAUAUGUUUGCAGUGGGAGUGUAUAACUAUUUGUCUUGUUAUGAUUGGCUGUACCAUGUCCCUCCCUGUGGGAUGCACGGGGACUUGCAUAAAAGCCAAUGUGGCAUAAUUAAAGCGCAGUUCUGUUGCACCCUUCUUCUAGACUCUGGCUGAUGUUUGUGUAUUCGUAUGCUUUACUAAGGGGAUCAUCUGGUAAAGCUAUUGCAUUCGUAUGGGAAUCGUUUAUUUUAUCUGCCAAACGGAGAGUUAUAGUCACUGAUGUUCUGGCCGUUCGGAAGGAAACCACCGAAUGAGUAUUGGAUAUACUAGGUUUUCAUACAGUGUUAAAUCUACCAACUACAAAACGGAAUAGCUGUUGCGAAUCAGCUGCGCAUGACAUAGCUCCAGUACAACAGCAUCUUUUACAAGUUUGCAAACACUAUAUAUGCAGUGUUCCCUCUAAGUUACGAUAGAAUGACUGCUACCUCUCCCAACCUUGCUUGUGAUUGACUGUGGGCAUGCUGGGGUUAUGCUUUCAACAUGCACACAUCCCGAUCAGCUGAAAGAAAAGUGCAGUGUUUCUGAAAAGAUAUAUUUUAAAUUUUAAGCACUUGCUUCCUUCAAAUAGAAGCGUAGUGUUACUUUAAGGUGGCUUGUGAUGUGAUUGUGCUUUGAAGAUACCUUGAUUCAUAGCCAAGCUUUGAAGAUAUGGUCUACAUGCUGCUAGUGUAACUCACUUUAUAUGUCAGCACCCCAGAAAGGAUCGUUGUCUGACUCAUUACUUAUGAAUCAUGCUUUGUAAACCAUUUUUUGUCAAGGUUUCACAUCAUCUGGUGUUUUUGUCUGUGCUGUUUAAUCCUCUAACAAUGAUGCUGUGCUUUUGAUAACAAAAUGUGCGUACAAUAUAUUCCUGAAAGAAUUCAGUAUUUUUGCUCCUUGAGUUUGAAUGUACAAAUCACUCAAGAUCCCGAAACUUUGAAGGGAUGCCAGCUGGAUUGUGUUAUUACAGCUUCCCUUUGGUUAGAAGUCUUUAUUUGUGUAGAAAGACCAGAUUUUAAGAAAACCUCAGAACACAAUGUAACUGAAAGGAUUUUUUUUUAUUAAGCAUUAAUUGUGAAACAUGUUUGUAAAAUUCAUAACCCAAGUUAUUUCUUAAAGUCUUUGUGUAGUCAGAAUUAGCAGAAUUCAGGUAAAUUUGGUGAAAAUCAACAGAUUUCUGGAAUUAAAGGGUUACUUCAAUUAUCGUGACCACUCCAGGGAUUUGAAGUGGUCAUGGUGGUAGGAGACUGUAUUUGCAGCAUUUUUUCUUGAAAUGAUGGCCAUGGGCCAAAGCCAUCAGAGGAGCUCAGAGAAUCUCCCCUACCUGCCCAUACAGGGCUGGUGUGAUCCAAGCGCAGGCCUUGCUAUAUGUCAUUAAGGGACUAUGAUUCUUCCAUAGAGAUUGUAUUCAUUGUUUCUCUAUGGCCAACCGUUACGGCACUGCGAAUGCCCACACAACUUCACAGUAUGUUAUAGUAUGAGAAUCGGGAAGUAAGACUCCCUUCUUUCAUAUCCAGAGGGCCUGGAGGCGUAGCUUGAAGCCGUUCUUCCAAGCCUUCAAAAUAGUUUAGUAUUGGUUUUUGGGGUGGGGGGAAGGGGCAAGACUGCAAGCACUAUAACAGCUUUAAUAAGCUUAAGUUCUUAGUGCCCACACUGUCACUUUAAGUUUCGAGUCCCUACUUUACUUAUGUAUUUUCUGAAAACUACAGCACACAGGAAAAAAAAAAAAUGAUUCCGACACAGGGAGCUAUAACUUAGAUAAAGUUUUUUUUUUUUUUGUGCAGGUAGUUACAGGUUAUCAACAAACGCCACAAUAGCGUAGAUCAAGAUUUGCAAAGGUUAAGCUAUGCCAGUACAGCUAGAGUAUGAUUGCAUGUUAUGCAGUGUGGUAUUACGCCAGAGGUUUUUAAGUAUGAUUAACACUAACGGGUUCGUUCUUCUGGCAUGUGGCAAUCUAACAUGUAUAACACUAGCAUGCUGUCACACUAUGAGGAAAUAAACAAAGUCGUACUAAAAAUGCUUGAAAUAAAGUUUCUAUGCUUAACAACAUAGCUAUGCUAAGCAACAUUUAUCUUUGUGUUCCGCUGGUCACCUCAGCAAGGAUGCCGGAGCAGGCAAGGAGUAAGACAACUCUGUGGUGCCCAUUAGCGUGGUGUCUCUGCAGAGGCUUUCAGCCCACACCGCAUGUUGGCUUUGGAGGAGAGUCCGUCGCUUUGGGGCACAUGGCUAAUAUGAGAGUGGUAAGGUGCUGUCUGAGGGUCGCUUCCCUCUAGCCCUGGAACUCUGUUGGGGCCAACACCAUUGUGUCACUGACCUGGAUACUCUGUGAGUCCGAGUCCGGGAGUGCAUGAGGACCUGAUGGUGUGGCGCUGGCACUGUCCUGCGGGCCUCAGCUUAAGUGGUCUGUGUUUCCUGGGCAAUCCCUUGGUAGCCCUCGGUCCUGGCAGACGUUCUUUGGCGGUGACAGAAGGGUGUUCAGUGCUGUUGCCCGGAGGGGGCUUACCCUGCGCUUUCUUCCGAUUUUGCGUUGAUGGUAGUGUUGCUGGGGAGGUGGGGGUUGCCAUGUGUGCCCUCAGUUUAGCCCAAAAUUUGGCAAAGAUAACUUCCAGUGAGGAUGUUGGGCCUUUUAAGUGGCUGGAUUUCCUGGUAGGUCCUGGUAGGUGUCCGCCAUCUUGGAAGCAACAGUGUCGCGUUGUUGGCUAGUGUAUCCCGCCGAGUUUCAAAGACCCCCUUGCAGCAGGUCAGCGGGGACCGGGAUUAAAAUAUCUAUGACAGCUCUACCUCAAGCUUCAAGAUGUGUAGAUGCCACUAGUAGGAGCCAUGUUGUCCAGUUGCCAUAAAUAAUUAUUUUUGAGUUAAUUCAUCAGCACAAGAUUGGCUUGAAUUAGAUUGUAGGGCCAAACUAAAACCAGCUUACAAUAGAACUACUGUAAAUGUGUCCUUAAAAGAACACUAUAAAAUCAAAAACACAAACAUGUACCCCUGACCCUAUAGUGUUAAAACCACCAUCUAGCCCCCCGGCCUCCCUCUUGUCUCCAUAAAUCUAGUAAAAUCUGCUGCCUCAGCCCCUGAUCUGCCUGCUUGGCUGAAAUCAUCAGAAGUGAUUCUAUGAACAAAUCACAAUGCUUUCCCAUAGGAUUGGCUGAGACUGUCAAGGAGGCAGAUCAGUGGCAGAGCCAGCACAAGCCAAACACAACAUUGGCCAAUCCUCAGAGAGAUGCAUCAAAUCAAUGUACCUCUAUGAGGAAAGUUCAGUGUCUCCAUGCAGAUGGUGGAGACACUGAAUGGCAGUGCUGCAAGCACCUCUAGCAGCCAUCUGAUGAGUGGCAGGUGUAGUUAUCACAAGGCUGUAAUGUAAAUACUGCAUUUAAACACUGUGUAAACACUGUGUUUACAGCAAAAAGCCUGAAGGGAAUGGUUCUACUUACCAAAACAAAUACAAUAAGCUGUAGUUAUUCUGGUAACUAUAGUGUCCCUUUAAGUAAAACCCUUUGUGUGGGUCUGAGGCAAACAUAAUAUAAGUUACAAUGUUAAUAUCUAACCUCUUUUGCCUUGUUGUGUGAAACAGCUCCAGAUCUGGGAUACGGCAGGUCAGGAGAGAUUUCGUUCAAUUACCCAGAGCUACUACCGAAGUGCCAACGCAUUGAUCCUGACCUAUGACAUUACCUGCGAGGAAUCAUUUCGGUGCCUUCCAGAGUGGCUUCGAGAGAUAGAACAAUAUGCUAACAAUGAUGUUAUCACUGUGCUUGUGGGUGAGUACUACAGAGAUUUACAUGGAGAAAAUAGUUUAAAUCCAAAUUUUUGUUGCAUUUUAUUUUCAAAACAAUGUGCUACAAUGAAUCUCUUUUUCAGGUCUUCAGCAGGCGAUGAUCCGCCACUAGUAAGAAACUGCCACAAUUAGAGAGUGGCUGGGACAUCCCAGCCAAUCCUUGAUCUCUCAUAUGUUUCAGUGGGAGAAGCAUGGCGAGAGGGCAGUCUUACGUAGGGAUUCCCCAGUACAGAUACUUGGCUGAUGCUUGUGCCGUAUAGCAAUUUCAAUAAUAUAUUUAAUAAAAUGUUAAAACGUCUCCUAAUAAUCUCCAUAGGGAAACACUGGGCAUGUGUCAAAAACAAAAAUUAACACAAGCACAUUUUGUUUUUGAAAAACAAUAAAUAAAUAAAAAAAGCUAACAGACAUUUUAAAGAGAGUGCCAGGUUUUCUCUUUGAAAAAUAGUACCAUUUAUUUUUAUAAAUAUUACUAUUUAUUGUAUACUUUAAAAAGUGUUUGCCAUACAAUAAUAUUGUAAAGCACUGCAAAAUAAGUUGGCGCAAUAUAAAUGCCAAUAAUAAUUGUAAUCUAACAAAUUAUAUAUUAAUAAUAAUUCAAGAAAAUAAUAAAAUAAAAAAUAAUGGGAGAGAUGGCUUAGGGCAGGGAUGGGACAGUCAGAGGAGAAAUUUAAUAUUUAGUAAUAAACAGAACAAGUGGCAUUAUCAGGAGUUCAGUAAGAGCAUUUGGCUUGAAAAUGUAAAAUGAAGUAGACGGUACUUUCCCCCAUUGUAGGGGGCAGAGGUAUGCAUUUGUUACUUGCACCUCCAUGUUUGAAAGAGAUCAGUGGGAUAAGAUUCAUCCACGUCAAAAUCAUGUGUUAUUUUAAAAAAUUUCCAAUCGAUAACUGCAUGCAAUGCUUUUGGCUCAGUGUAGCAUUAAUCCCUAACAUGGAACUUAUUACACAUGUUGGCAUUGCUUGCUGUUCUGGCACCUAAAUGGAUCAAAUUGAUUGCUGCAUGGAGACACUGAACCAGGGCUGGUGGAAGGAUUUUUGCUGCCCUAGGCAACAAAAUUAGUUGCUGCCUCCCUCCAUGUAGUGACAUCACAAUGUCCUACCCACAUGAUUCGCCCAUGUUAUGACAUCACAUAUGCCCCAUCCCUGAGAGACUGCUUCUCCAGCUUCUGCCGACUGACCAGUAUUAAUGCUCUUUGUUGGAUCUGCCUGGGCAGCUCAGUUGCCCAGACUCCAGUAAAGCCGACCAAAUUCUGUGCAUAGGCAUGUGCAGCCCACAGGCAUGGGAUGGGGGCAUAAGUGGUAGGUUAGGGGCAGUAUUGUGGUGGUUAGGACCUGUAGUGGGUGGGUGGGGGCUGUAUUAGGGCUGUAAUAAGGGAGUUAGAACCUGCAGUGGGGGGGACAGGGACUGUAUUGGGGGAUUAGUGGCAGUAUUGGGAGGUUCAGGGCUGUAGUGGGUGGGUUAGGACUUGCAGUGAGGGGACAGGGGCUGUAUUGGGUAGUUAGUGGCAAUAGUGUGGGGUUAGAACCUAUAUUGGGGCGGUUGUGGCAGUAUUGGGUUUGGGGCAGUAGUGGGGGUUUGUGGCAGUAUUGGGUUAGAGGCAGUAGUGGAGGUUUUUGGCAGUAUUGGGGGGGCUAGGACCUAUAGUGGGGUGUUAGGGACACUAGUGGAAACUUAGGCAGGCAGGUCAAUCGCUCUUUUCAGAGCAGCAGUGCCUCUGUCCUCAGUUGAUGCUGCUGCGGCACACGUAAAAGCGCUGCAUGAAGUGGAGCUCCUACCAAAUGUGCGCCUUAGGCCGGCUCCUACUUCGCCUAUAGGUGGCGCCAGCCCUGCCCUGAACUUUCCCCCAUAGAGAUGCAUUGAAUCAAUGCAUCUCUAUGAGGAGAUGCUGAUUGGAAAAGCAUUGGAUUAGCUGAGAUCAUCAAUUCUGAUGAUCUCAGACAAGGAGGUGGAUAGGGGGGAGCAGACAGUGUCUGGCGGAUAAAGUUGAUUACCUUUUUUAAGUGGACAAAAAGGGUCCAAGAAGCUUAACUAUGUUUUUAACACUACAGGGUCAGGAAUACACAUUUGUAUUCCUGAACCUAUAGUGUUAUUUUAAGUUUAUGCCCAGAUAAUGAACGUAUUAGUUUGUAUGAAAGUUGUACACCAGUAAAGAAAUUGAGAGCAAUUUUGAUCAUUUUUUGUGCAGAUAUUUUGACGGAAGAGUUUUCUGGGCAUCACUGCAGGAUUUUUCAAUAAUUAAUAUCUCCGACAAGACCGCUUUUCCAAACAAUCUAAUCUUGAAAUAUUAUUUCCCACAGGUAAUAAAAUUGACCUAGCGGAAAGAAGAGAAGUCUCCCAGCAAAGGGCAGAAGAAUUUGCAGAGACCCAAAAUAUGUAUUAUCUGGAAACAUCUGCCAAAGAGUCCGAUAAUGUCGAAAAGCUCUUCUUGGACUUGGCAUGCCGUCUGAUCAGCGAAGCGCGGCAAAACGCGCUUGUGAACAAUGUAGACUCUUCGUUGCCCGGAGAAGGGAAAAACAUCAGUUAUUUGAACUGCUGUAAUUUCAAUUAGCAUCUGGCACAGCCGGAAAAAAAACAAAGAAAAUAAUAUGAAACACUCAGAAUGGGCUGAGAUCUCUUGUCUCUGCAGGAUGUCCCUGUCAUUUUAACCUCCUGAUCCCAGCUCCGGAUCAGAUUAAGCAUGGAGGACCGCAUGCUUUUUAUUCUGCAGGUCACCAUAGCAAGACGGCGUACAGUUGAUGGAGAAUAAUAUUUUAAUUUGCUUCUUGGCGGACAAGGGUGCGUCCACUGCGUGUGGGACAACAAAAAAGUUACUUAGAGCUAAGCUCUGUAUGGAUAUUAUUAGAUGGUGAACACCUGUUUAGGGUGAUUUUUAAAAAAAAUAAAUAGAAACACAUUUUCAAGGACAAAGAAAUUUAAAAAAAAAGGUUGUAUGUUUACCGAAUGUGAGAAACAAACAUAGAAUCUACAUCUCUUUCUUUCCGUUUGUUUUGAGGGGGGUUUAUGUUAGAUUUUGGGAAUGUUAGUAUUUAGAUUUUUUUUCCCCAUUGAUUCCAGCUGCACAUAACGCUUUGACUCAGUGUAGCAUUAAUCCCUAGCAUGCCAGAAGGGUGACACGUAUUGCACAUAUGGGAAUUGCUUGCUGUUCUGGCACCUAAAUGGAUACAAUGGAUUGCUGCUUAUUGGUAUGUCUUUGUGCUCUCCAAUGAGGCCAGUAGAAUAGCAGUACAUAAAUGGCUCUGAUACCCUGGAUAUAGUCUGCACUGCAUCCUAAAAAAAAUAUCUAAUCUAACUAAAUAUAAUAGUCUUAGUGCAUCCAUUUCACAAACGAAGAGUCACACAUCAUUCUGCAUACUGGUAUUACUUCCCCGUUCCACAUACUAAGUGUCAUCCGCUGAUCAUCUUACAUAUCAAGGUCAUCCCUCAGUUACAUACUGUAGCAAUUUCAGCAUACAGUAUUUAUAAUUACCCAUCUCACAUACUAAGAGUUAGCAGUCAUAACCUUCUUACAUGCCCAACGUUUUCAUCCGUUCUAAAUACAUUCCCAGAGUCAUUAUUCUUUCUACAAAACCAGAGCUAUACCCAUUGUUCAUACCAAGAGAAAUAGUUACAUAGUUACAUAGCUGAAAAGAGACUUGCGUCCAUCAAGCUCAGCCUUCCUCACAUAUGCUUUUGCCGUUGAUCCAAAAGAAGGCAAAAAACCCAGUCUGAAGAACUUCCAAUUGUGCAACAAACUAGGGAUCCCACAUCCUACAUGCCUAAAGUCACAUGUAAUCACUUAUUUUGCCUAGAGUGAACACUCACUGUGAAUACAAGGGGGGAUAACCCAUCUCACAUACCCAGAGUCCUCUCUCAUAGCGCAUGCUCAGAGUUAUCCCCAUCAACACACGUUUUAUCAUAGAUACCCAAUAUCACCACCCAUCCUACAUAGCAAAAGUCAUAUCUCCUUGUACAUGCGGAGUCUUCGCUCAUUCUAUAUCUUCAUGGUAACUCUUUUUGGAAACCAAGUGAAAUUUUAUUUCUUAUUUACCACUUGCCUGCUUGCUCAGCCAAUGCCUUUCCUUCAUAUUCAGUCGCUGGCACUUCCUAUGUUCCAGGUUAAUUCCCCUCCUGCAUACCUAGACCCCAUACCUAGACCCUACCCAUGGUCCAUGUCAACUCACUUCCCGUGUACCUACACCCUACUUCCUGUGUUCCAAAUCUUUUACCUCCCCUUGUAUUUAUACCCUACUUCCUUUAAUCCUUAUUGUUUCCUGUGUACCUAGACCACACCUUCUAUGUCUCAAGUAAUUUUUCUUCCUAUGUACCUAGACCUUUCUUCCUAUGUCCCAGGUAAUUUUAUUUCCUGUGUAUAUAAACCUCCUUUCCUAUGUUCCAGGUCAAUUCUCUUCCUGUCUACCUAUGCUUCACUUCCUUUGUUCAAAGUUAAUGCAAUCCCAGAUGUGCACAGGCCAACUCACCCCUGGGAUCUCUCCCACCCAAAACUUUCAUCUCGGAAAGCCUUCUUUGUAUCUUAAAAAGUCAAUUGAUAGUUAGAUCCCAGUACAGCUGCAGAAUUCAAACGUAAACCCACAUGGACACUCAAUAAAUACCCAGAUAUAGUUUAUCGAGCCAUUAGUAACAGUAACCUGAUAGCAUGCCUGUAAAGGCUGACACAAGGGAAGUGAUAUUAAAGUGAUGGUGUUUUUUUGCUUUGUCGGGACUAUAACAUGUCUGAGAGAGAACUUAAAAUGUAUAGUUUUUCAAGUGUGACUAUGUACUGUCAAGCCAUCAUGUCUAUUUAUAUACAGAAUUGUUCUUGCUACGUCCAGCAAUGAAGCAGAUCUCUAUCAGAAGGGCACUAUCAUUUACAAGGUUUCAUAAUCAUUCAGUUCAUCAUUAAUGAUAAUAUAGAUUUUCCUUGGUCACACUGAUAUUUAGACUAAUGUAAUGUAUUUAAUAAAUAUAUUAAUAAUAGAACAAGUGACAUUGCGAGAAAACCACAGCCCAAUAGUUAUACAUACAGUAUGUGUUGAUAAAUAUUGACAACAUGGAGUGUAGGUCAGGAGGACAGAAACUUAGUUGCACCACAUUUAUCCCUUUUGCAGUCUUUUCACACAUUUAUACAGAUUUAACCAGUAGCUAUGGGUCUGGCUCUGCAGAGGCGGGACCCAAAAAUGCAGUCUGGGACAUCCUCCCCCUAGGAUGGGAAAUGGAGGAAAAAGUUAUUUUUGUUGAAAAUCACAUCUUCCCCACAUGCUCUGACCUCAGGAUGCAGUCUCACUGAGUUGUUGUAAAGAAGUUAAAACCCCCCGUGAAUAUUCAGUAGACUUGUGUGUUGAUGCAGUUGUAGUCAAGCAUUGCAGAGAGUCUGUCUGCUAUUGGCUACACACAGUUCUACCAGUAUUCUUAUAUGCUUAUGACUCCGAUUGUUUUGUUGCACUCACAGCGCCAUCUAGAACUUACUCUGACAUGCAAAUAAUCCCAGAAUGCUUUGCAUUGAUGUACUAGCACAGUUUAUAGACAAAUACGCUGCAUCAUUUAAGCGUGACAUCCCUUUACGUUACCAUUUUCUAACUGAAUUUAACCUCUGUGAUUAUAUUCCGUGAUAUGUUUGGUUACUAGCAGACCCCAGACCCUGAAACAGCCAUCAGGUUCAGACCCCUUAAUGGACCAAGAUUCCUACAGACUUCAGUGUAAUUAUUGAAACCAUUCCAUUGAAUGUAUACAACACGUUAUACCUGCUCUGCUUGUAAAUCCAUUCCGAUAUGUAGUUAUAUAUUAUUUUUUCUCAGUUUAUUCCUGAAGUUGCCAAAUAGGUAGCCGUCAUCUUUGUAACGUUAUAGUUCUGAGGGGCAUUUUUUGGUUACCUCCGAAUCCAGACAAUUAUUAUUAUUAUUAUUAUUGUAAUUUAUAUAGUGUUACAUUAUUCCCAAUUAUGAUUUAAGAACUGCCAUUAUUAUUUUUAGCUAUUGAUAGAAAUUUGACUAUUUGGGGUGAAUAACAUGAACCAAGGAUUAAGUGAAAUUGCAUCCCUUUGGGUUAUUAAUAUUUGCUUUUCUGUAUGCCAACAUUUUUUGUCCUAGCCACAUCUUUCAGACUCGUACAUUGUUGCUGCCUUGAAAGGUUUAUUCUGCCCCUGAGAAAAUUGUAGUUUUUUUUUUCUCAACAAGUGCAAUGUAGAUGGUUGCAUGAGGUGUCCAUUUAUAAAACUAGAAAUUUAAAGGACCACUAUAUCGUUAGGAAUACCAGCAUGUAUUCCUAACACUGCAGUGCCCUUCAUAAUGUAUUGCAUUUACGAAUUGUGGUACAGGAAUUUGCACUCUUGGUCUUAAAUUCAGCUUCUAGGCCAUUUGUGAAUGGAAAUUCACUGUGGAAGUAUAUGUGUGUGCAGCCCAUCCCUGUGAUCUAGUAUGCUAGACGACAGGCUUCCCCAAACUCGGCCCUCCAGAUGUUCCUGAACUACAACUCCCAUGAUUCUAUUAAUGAAAUAGAUAGGCUGAGACUCAUGGGAGUUGUAGUUCAGCAACAUCUGGAGGGCCGGAGUUUGGGGAAGCCUGCUAUAAGACCUCUGCUGCUUAACCUUCAUCCCAUGGCUGGAAUUUUAUUUAAAUUUUAAGAUUAUUGGUAAUAUAGCCCCACGUUAUUUCCUAUUUCAUAAAGACAGAUAUUAAGUAUAAAUACAUAUUGGGCUUCAAUGAUUUAAAAAAAAAAAAAGGGUACCUGUACAUUCAAAUAUUUUAAAGGGACAGUAUCUUUUUUCUUACUUUUUUUAGUUUAAAGAUAAAAUAUAAUUCAGGUCAGGUCAAAUUACUGAAGAUUUCAGUUUGUGUAAAAUUUGUAAAUUUCUGUGUCGUUUUCUUUACACAUUUUGUUUACAAUUCUUUUUUUUGUGCUCUAUGAAAACCUAUUCGAAUUGUACCUUACUUCUUUCCUGUUAAAAAUAAAAUGUCUGGACCUAUUCAGAUUUCUCCCUAAAAAAACAUGGGUGUGUCUAGAAUGGAACCAAACUAACUUACUUGUUUGCAGGAAGCAGUUAUGCAUGAGCGGUAUAAUGAUGCAAAUAGGAGUUAUGAUGUCAUAGCAAGCCAUUUUGUUUCACUAAAGGGAGGAGCACCCUCUAGUGGUCUAUGCACGCUAAAGCAUGCACCCCUGAUAUUGUAGAAAGUUCAAACAUUUAUAUUGGAAAACUCCCUAUAAAUUAAGCAAGUAUGCACGGAGGAACUAGUUUGCAAAGUAGCCGUUGCCUGGAAAAGAUUUUGGUGACCCACACCUAUAAUGUGAACAUUUUAAUAAAUGUAUCUUAUAAUUAAAUAGUGAGCCAGUAGAAAGACAAAGAAAUAUAAAUAUAAGGAAUUAGAGUACCAGCGACCCCCACUUAAUAUUAAUUUAAAAAAAUUACACUUCACAAUGCUAUGCAACAUUAAAAAUACAAUUCUAACGUGUGAUGUCCCUUUAAUUUCACUAAAGCCAUAGGAAUGUGUAUAAGUUUCUGGAGCUGUUAAAAUUAUCUCCCCAUUAACUUUUGAGUAAAAUGUGUAAUGUUUUCAUUGAAGAAGAGUAAGGGUGAUAUGUUAUAUUUUGCACCUUCAGCUAAAUGUGAUCAGUCUUUUUUUCUACCAUAUAACCAUAUAUGUGACAAAUAAGGCUGAGAUUUUAGAAACCUAAUUUUUCAGGAUACCUUUGAGCACAGAAAAGUCAAUUUUUCACAUGCCUAAGACUUUGGGAUUUAUUUACUAAACCCAGGAUCUGCACAAAAUUAAUCAAAGAAUUGAAAAUAACCAAAGCCUGAGUAGCUAAAUAAGGAAAGUCACAAGUUCAGCUGUUUUUAGAGCUUUGCAAAUUUAGCCUAUAACUCUAAUCUAUCUGUCGAUUUUUCCUAAUUUCCCUGGUUAGUGAAUGAAGCCCAUUAGAUAAAUUCUACUUAAAGACUGACAUGGGAAGAAUAACACGUUAGAAUUGAAAAGCAAGUCUGGAAUCACCUGUUACAAUAUAUAGCGCAUUCAAAAGAUCUAUUUACUAAGCUACAAAUUUGUGGUGACUGACAUGCAGAAUUUUAACCAAAAUGUAAUAAAUAAAUAAAAUGAACUCUCUUAUCAGCAGACAAAUUACCAAUGUGCUAUUUGAUCGUAACUUUUGUGAGUCAGUUAUGAACCCACCAAAAUUCAUUGUCUGCAGAAUAUAACUCAACAUUUUCUGUUUUGUUUGUCAAUUAAUUUGUAAUUUUUUUUAUUUAUUUUUUUUAAAUCUACCUUUGGACAUUUCACAUGCAUUUCUGGGUUGUUAUACAUUUCUUCACUUUCCAUAAAUUUUAACGCUAUAUUUUUUCAUUUUGUUUGUUAGCAGGAGGCAUUAAAAAAAAAAAAAAGUAUUCUUUAAAAUGUAAGAAUUCAGUUUAUCACGAAAAUGUAAAAGUCUGUAUAAUCCAGGGUUUUAUUUGCUGUUUUAUUUAAAUAGUUUACGUGUGUAAAGGUAACAUACAGGAUGCAACGGAUUCUGAACAUAGGAACAUGUUAUAAACUAUUCUAUAUAAUUUCACAUUAAGAAUGUAUCUGGUAUGUAUUAGUUUAUUCUUUUUUGCUGUAAUACUUAGAUGCUUUGAAACACAGUUGUCCUUUUUUUAUAUAAAUAUUAAAAAAACAAAAUCACAAUGAAAUUUGUGACUACUAACUAAUAUUGUGGAUGUUUUUUUUGUGUCCUAAUAUUAUAGCAGGAAGGCAAAGUGCUCCAUGGCAUGACGUGCAAAACGUUUGUUUGACCAUAAGCAAAUCGAUUCGAUCAUAUUAAAAUAAUUUUAAUCCACAUUCGAACAAGCCGAUACACUAGGGUGUGGAUUACAUCAAAUCGAUUCAUUUAAGGAUGAACCGGAUUUAUGCACAAGUCUAGUAAAUUUAUUUUCCGCAACUUGCAGUACUACAUAUGGUCACAGGGUGAGUUUGACAUCAUUCAGUGAGUUAAAUGCGUCCCUUUACCUUCUGUUAUCCAUUUAAAUUAGUACAAGUCUACGUAUAUUUGAUUAUUCAGAUGUGCUGGCGUACUAAUGUAUUCUGAAACGAAAGUAUUUAAAGUGACCCUGACAUGCUUUCAAUCUGAUAUCUUUAAAUUUGUGCUAGAACUAUGUCUAUUCAGAUAGUGAGACGUUGCUGGGAUUAUCUGUGUAUAAAAAGUAUUUAAAGGGACCUUUACAUGCAACAUUUUACGUCUAUACACUGCGCUAGACUAAUGAUUUGCAAUGAAUAAAAGUGGAGUUAUUUGGAUUAUAAAUGACUAAUUUGGGGGUUAGUUAUGGGUAGAAGACAUGACUCUACUGUACCUUGAAAACGACUUAGGUCAAAACUUUGCCUUACAUAUAGUACAUUAAAAAACACAGAUCUUUUAAGAAAGAAAUUGCACAGUCUAAUAAUAAUUUAAUGGAAUUGAAAGUAAGUGGCUCUGUCUGUUAACCAUACUUUUUUUUCUCUGUCUAAUUGAGAGUAGACUGCUUUGCAUAUGUCUGAUGUGGGAGGCCAUCUUGAAAUAAGAAUACGUUGGCUUUAGAAAAGUAUAUAAUUUAAUAAAUGCAUGUGAUGGCUAACCAGCACGAUGUAUAGAUGUCGUGCAUUCCAAAAUUAAAUUGACUCUCUGGCGUCCACAGGUUAAGAUAAUCACAGAGACACUUUCAUCUCCUGACCGUUCUCAAUGCAGUAACUUCCUUUUGUCAAGAAAAACCGCUCUCUCUUAAUAUUUCAUUAAAGAAAAUCAUCCACAAAAACACAAAACCUCCAAUAAAACCCUUAUUUUGCGGAUACUUAGUGGUACUGGCCAGGGCCCCCCUGAGGACCUUCUGGUCUAGGGGCAAGUACAUAAAAUUCCAGUUUAAUUUGUGAAGAUAUUUGAUGGAGACAUGUUUGUCAGUAAGGAUGCAUAUUGGAUAAAAGAUAGAAGUUAUUCAUGCGCUGGUGUAUAAGGGGAUUAUUUUGUUUUACAUGUAAUCUGUUUUACAGAUAACACAAGGAUCUCACUGGGUAAUACUAAGAUAUAUACUGCUGGAUAUUCCCACAGCAAAAGAGUUACUGUUUCACGGAUCAAUCUACCACGAUUUGCUUGCUCCUGAUCAAUAUCCUCGGUAGAAUCUAAUUUGCAAUGUUAUUGAACCUGUGCGCUCUCUCUCACACACACGAAGGACUCAUGAAUACAAAAUAGAUUUAAUUACAAAUAUACCUGUACCCAUGAAUAAUCGAACGAAUUGAUGAAAGAUAUAUAAAUUGAAUGAUCCACCGAUACAAGGUAGCUUGACAUAAUAUUGGUGGAUUCAUUUACAAAUUGCACAGAAAUUGCCCCAAAAUUCGAUGUGUUAGAUGGAUUAGGAUAUAUAUAG